AUGACUUCUGCACUGGUGAGUGGAGUUUACCUGAUAACUGUGUAGAAGUUUUAGCAUUUCAUAGACCCCAAAGUUAAAGUUGGUUUGCGGUUGUCCUCAUCUUUCUGUGGAGAAGAAUGAACGGUGGUUUCUCCUGAUAUCCAGAGUAAAAUGUCCCGUAAAAUUAGUUUUGGUGAGGUUGGAUGGUAACCUAGCAACCAAGAGACAAGCCAUAGCUUCAUGUGUAAAAGUGUCAGGGAUAUUACAGUAAACAGGGUAAAGUGGAGAUAUAUCAGUUUGGGUAAAGCUACACAGACAACUAAAAGUCAAUAAGUAAACCAGCCUAGGUUUUUAACGUCUUAAACACAGCUGAUGUUGAGGUUGUAUGUCAACACGUGAGAAACUUAAUUGUCAUAUUAAAGUAAAUGGAGUUACAGAGUUAAAAAAUUGUCGUGCAUGCAGCCCAGGUGUGACAUGUGUCAAUCAAAGUGUAACAUACCUGUAUAUUUACCCUUAAAAAUCUUUAAUAUUUAUUGAUCUAUGGAGGUAAGCUAUUCUGUCUCUCACCCAAGAGCAUUAAACGAACUGAUGUUUGGGUUUACUUUGGAUGAAGAGCUAUGCUACAGUAGAAACACAGGUAUUAUGCGGAUUCAGGGCAGAAAAGCUGUGAGUUGGGGCUAACAUAAACUAAAUUGUGUUUCCUUAUGUAUCUCACCUCCUAUCUUUAUCCCACUAAUGAACAAUUUCAUUGUGCAUCACGUUUUCUUAUUUUGUGCCUGUCUGCUGCUGAACUAAUGGUGGAAAACUAAUCCGUUCCUUGAAAAAAAAAGUGGUUUAUCAUUAAACAGGUAAUGGUUUGAGCAUGUUUUGCCAACAGUAGGGGAGAGUGGGGUAAGUUGAGCCAAGAGGUAAGUUAAGCCACCCCCUGUUGCUUGGUAAUAGUUAAAGAAAUUGAUCAUGUGACCAAAUAUGUAGGAGAUGGGCAUCAAUUCAUGGAGUUUGUGAAGGUUAGAAGCAUAUGGUUAAAGGGGUUAGACAUUUAUUUAAAAAAAAACAAAAAAACAUUUUUCACUCUUAAAGGAUGAUCAGUGAAUUUAGUCUGUUAUAAGUUUUAUUAGAAUUGUGUUCAGAACAAAAAAUGUAAUUUUAAAUUUGUUUUAUAUAUCAAUUGUGGUAUCUAUGAGUUACAACAUGAGGUCAACAUGAGGUUAAAAACAUAAAAGUCCACCAUUUUAGCUUAGAGGACUAAUAAAGUCAUCAUAGUAGUUCUGGGGUAACUGAGAAAGUAAAGGAGUCUGAGGAUCAGAGUUUCAGUUCAGAUUGUUGAAAUGUUUUACUUUUUCUUUUCAAAAACACAGCUGUGAAUGUUCUGAAUCACUUAAAGACAUUCUCAUGUUCAAAUGGCUUUUUACAAAACAGCUUUUUAGUUGUUAUAUGCAAUAAUAAUAAAAAGAAUGAUUGUACCAGUUGAAUAGUGUAUAAUAGAUUAAAAAAAACACAUAAAUGUGAAGAAGUGACUGUUAUAUAGGGAGAGAGAAGGUGAGGGAGGGCUGGGGUGGAGAGUGCCGGGUGGUAGGGGGGAUACGGCUCAACUUACCCCAUACAUGGGUCAAGUUAACCAUAGGAGACCACUUUUUUUGUCAUGCUUUAUUAUCAAGACAGUUCUGUUUACACUAAUUCUGAUGGUUUGCAGGGAUGCACAACAGCUUGAAAUAUAUGGAGAUACACUAGUUAGAGACAAAACUAUGAUUGCCUUGAUGUAGUGAUCUGAAAUAUGAAAAAUGGCUCAUCUUACCCCACUCUACCCCAUAUUUUAUGGGAAGAUUAGAAAAACAACUUUAAAAAGAUGAUAAAUAUGACUCAGUGCCGCUGCAAUCUUUGGGGAGUCUGGUCUUCAUCAUCAUCUAGCGAAUGAUGAUUAAAUUUUAAAUGCAGAAAUGUGGUUUCUCCAUGUGUUUGAGUUUAGCCGCUUGUCCCUAAGUAGCAAGAGUGAAGGACUAAUCCCUGCUGACACCUGUGAGACAAUGGUUUGCUAUGGAAGAAUGACAUUAGCAAGUCAACAUCUUCGUUAAGACGACAUUUUUUUAUUCACAUAUAUUAAAAAAUAUUCAUAUAAAAGCAGAAAAUUGUAAAAUAUAAAACUUCCCACAGUCCAGCCCCCACUAACACAAAGAAAGGAGUCUUUGGGAUUUGUUUGGGUUAACUGUCGACGCCAUAUUUGUCAAAGUGUCUCAUGAUGAUGCCCAGCUCCAGCUCCACUGUUCCCAUGGCUUCGGUGUGCAGUCUGUACCGAUCCGCCCCGCUGUACACCAGGUCCGGGCUGCGGAGCUGCGGACCUCCGCCGACAAACAUCUGCGAUAGCUGCUCCUGCCAGGAGCCGAGCGGUCUCCAAGUCACACAUUUGACCCGGUGAUGUCCCGGGCUGGAUGGGACAUGGCAGUAGCCGUAACCGUACAACUGGCAGCGGCCGAAAUAGUCUUGAUGCCACACUUGGAGAUGAAGCUUUGGCCAUCCUUGAAGUCCCUUGGUAGAGAAGUGCAGAUCUAUGGGGUGGCUCCAGUACGCCAUGUCUCCUGUUUGGGGGAGAUCUACUUGAGUCUGACCCUCUUUCAACCCAGAGAGGAGACGCCAUGCUCCUCCUGUGUGAACUCCCCACUUACAGAAAAGACUGCUCUCCGGAAAACCAGUGGCCCCAACAAUUUGACCGAUAAUAUGCAGCUCAGCCAUGUUGUAAGCGUUUCCCUUUUACAAUUACAUACGGCGUUUGUAGUCUGCUCUCCUCGCUCUUUGUGUUUUCAGGGCUAAUUCAACAGCUAACAGCUACUAGCGCCACAGCUCGCGUCUCCUUGGCAACACCCGGUAAUGAGCGCGGUAUAAAUCCCCCCGAGCAUGACUCUCAAGGCACCCCUCCUUGUCGUGGUGAUCCCAUUGGUUUCGUAACCAUUGUGAAGAUACAAUGCUUAUGCUGAAUAUUUGCUAAACUAGACGUAUUUUUUCCACUUUCUCCUUCAAGAUAACCAGAUCUAUUAAAGGAGCCAGUUGGAACCGCUGUACAACCUAAGCGAAGCCGCCUGACAGGCAAGACGAAGGGGAAAAUGUCAUAUCAAGUCACCGCAUUUGACGUGUUUCCUGUCAUGCCAUUUUUUUGAAAACAAUAAAUCAAUACUUUCUCUCUCGAUAUAAUUCUUGAUGAUAAAGUCGAACAUUUUACGUUAAAACGAAACCAUAAAUUUAUUAUUAUUAUUUUUUGCACUGGAAUUGCCUUCGGUAUCCAAGUAUCUAUUCAAUGUGAAACAGCGCCACCCUGCGGCUGAUGUGCCCUUUAAUUAUGGUAACUUACCAUCUACAUUACUAACAUUUAUUACUUUUUAUUCAUAAACUUUUACAAUUGAGCUGAAUUGUAUUGGUAAAGGUUACGAGGGAGAAAAGAAUAAGAACAAGAAGAACUUUGUCGAUCCCCUAAGGGAGAUUCAAUUGUCCUCAGUCUUCAAUUUGUCAUGUCUCUAAAAGUCAUCUGCUAUUUACAGAAGAGUUGUAAAGUCUGAUGUCUGUGGGUACAAAAGAUCUUCUGAAUCUUUCUGUCCUGCAGUGAAGAGAGAGGAGCCGUCCACCACCGAUGUCCACUCUCUGACAUUUUUACUGCAAUAUGAAAGAAAACAAUACAAAAAUAUCGUGUGGUUUUAUUGAAACUAUUAAAUUAAUAUUCAACAAUAACCUCUUCAAAAGAUUUUGACUUACAGUGUAUUUUUUUUCUAAUAAAACAAAACUUCAGCCCUGUACAAGUAAAUCAGACCCUACAUCUACAUGAAAUCCACAAGGCGGUUUUUACAGGACAGUACUAAAUUAUCAACAAUUAAUCUAAUAUCAGUUGACAGCUAGUUAAAGCUUAAUUUGUCUGCAUCAAAUGGUGUUAAAUGAAUCGCCAUAUGCUGAAGCCUUCAAACCGGUAAAAUUCUCACGCUGGAUGACGAAAAAUGAUUGUACACCUGACAUAAUUUCCCAAUUUAUAGCUAUAAAUAAAAAAAAGUUGUUAGCAUUUUAUUGCAAAGGCUUAAAUCGCAAUAUUGAUGGUUUUGUCGAUUGUUGUGCAGCCUUAACACACAUCUCAAAUAAAUAUGUUUAGAUUGAAGCUCUUUUUUCUUACAGAAGUACUUAUUAGAUGAAACAGCUUUUUAGAGAUGGCUUUGUUCACAUGCUUCAAUCUGUGCUUCUGUCUCUUUCUUCUUUCAGUCUGAUCCAACUUUAGAGAGACACUUUAAGGGUCAUAGGGAGACUGUGACGAGCGUGGACUUCAGCUGCAACAUGAAACAGAUUGGUACCUGAUCAUUUAUUUUACCCUUUUUAAUUGUUUUUCUGGAGUAUUUCUCUGCAGCGGUUUGCUGUUUUCCUCUUACUUGAUGUUCUUUGUUUCUCCCCAACAUACAUUAUUUACUAACCCGUGCUUCCUCCUCCUCCAGCAACCGGCUCUAUGGACUCCUGUGUGAUGAUCUGGAACAUGAAACCUCAGAUGCGAGCGUAUCGUUUUGAUGGACACAAAGAUGCUGUCAUGUCUGUUCAGUUUUCUCCCUCGGGGCACCUAGUGGCCUCUGCUUCCAGAGACAAGACAGUACGCCUCUGGGUUCCCAGCAUGUAGGUUUGAAAAUAUUCUACCUUUGUUUAGCACUGCGCCUUUCUUUUCUUCUUCUUACUGUUUUCAGUCUGACAGAUCCCGCAAAAGACAAUGGUGACUCAUAGAAUACAACAAAAACCAGACAGUUCCUCUCAACUUUCUGCUUCUACCAGCACAGAUGAAUGCACAUAUUUCUCAGCAGCUCCCACUGUUUUUGAAGUAGUUUGUUUUUAUAAACUCUACUGUUGUCAAUGCGCAGGAAGGCUGAGUCAAUGGCUUUCAAAGCUCACACAGCCACCGUACGCAGCGUUAACUUUUCUGGUGAUGGACAGACUUUGGUCACAGCCUCUGACGACAAGUCGAUCAAAGUGUGGGCUGUCCACCGGCAGAAGUUUCUCUUCUCCCUCAACCAGCACAUCAACUGGGUCCGCUGUGCCAAGUAUGAUGCACACACACACACACACACAUACAUACACACACAUAUAGGUGUAGUUUUCAUGGUUAGAUGUCAUUAGUUACCACACACUUUUCUACUCAUUCUGUUAUUUUUGUAUUUGUAGCACUAAGAUUUAACAGAGACUUGUUUCAUGAACAUGUUUGAUUUCUAAAGCUGAGGGAUGUGGCCAGUUUGUUUUUUCUUUUAAUCUAGGAAUAUUCAAAUCAUUUCUUUCAGGUUUUCCCCUGAUGAUCGAUUGAUCGUGUCGUCCAGUGAUGAUAAGACCAUAAAGCUGUGGGACAAAAAUAGCAAAGAGUGUAUCCAUUCUUUCUACGAACAUGCAGGGUGAGCACUGAACACACUACAGGAUGCAUAGACGAAAUGUUAUGUGUUUGAGACAAGCAGAAUCAAUGUUUUUAGCAUUGUAUUUGUCUAAAUAUUCAACAUCAAUUGCGUCAUGUGCUGCUUUAAUUUCUCAGCAAGCGGAAAGAGAACCGGUCAACUUUUUUUUUCACUUAGCACCGAUGAUUUACUCACUUAUCUUAGUGCAUCAGCUAACAACCUCAAGUGAUAUUUUUAAUUAAACAGUGGAAAACCACUUCCUACUACAAAAAAAAAAGGCUCAAGUACUAAAGAGGCUUGACCAAGACCUUAUUUCUCCCCAGUUAUGCAAACCAGGUGGAUUUCCACCCUAGUGGAACGUGCAUCGCUGCGGCCAGCACAGACAACUCUGUGAAGGUGUGGGAUAUCAGAUCACAUAAGAUGCUGCAACAUUAUCAAGGUAACAACUCCUCAAACAUUACAUGAGGGAUGAGUUUUGACUACAAAUGAGGAUAUUUAGGGAUCAUGAUUAAUUGUUAAAAAAAAAAGUACAGUUUUGAUUCAAUCAAAGCACAGAUAGGGUCUGGUUUACCAAGAGGCUAAAUAAGGAGAGCUAAAUUGUGUGUUCAAGACUGUCUUGAGCUUAUAUUGAGGUUAUGAAUCAGCUUAAAAAAAACACAAGAAAUCUGAGUCUGAUUUUUAGUUUCUGCCAAUGUUCCGACACGUCUUUUAUUCCAGGAACAAUUUCAUAUGAAGAGAGAGAAAGAAUAAAACAGGGACAAGUAGGCUGGACAAAGAGACUCACUCCCACUCGACUCUAAUACAAUGACGCCUCGUCUUGAACCACAUUUAGAAAUACAACUGAGGCUUACCACAAACCACUGAAAUAACAACAUGAUAAAAUUAAGCCUUUAAGCGAAUGAUUAAAGAGGUAGAUUUCUCGCAUAUUUAAUUAAGUAGGUAACAAUGCCUUCUGUCAGCCCUGCCACUCAGUCUGAUUGUUCUAAUUAGCGCUCACAAAUGGGUUUGAGUUGUUGUGAGAUCUAAUAAAGGAUAAUCACAUCUGUCUGGAGAGACAGCAUGGAGAUAAAAGCGUUUUCCUCUCCUCUCCUCUUGUUUCUCCUCUUUCCUACAUGUCUUCAUCCACCAAACUGUAUAUAAUCACCCAUCCUGCCAUCAAAUGAGUAUAAUAAUAAUAAUAAUAUAAUAAUAAUUUUAUUUAUAUAGCACCUUUAAAAACAGAAGUUUACAAAGUGCUUAGACAACAGUUGUAAGCACAGAGCAUCAGCACAUUGAAAAUAAAAACACAUAAAAACAAAAGCUCUGUUAAAAACAGGCCUCUGAAUUGUAGGCCUGUUUCACUUUUGGUAAGAAACCAUAUAACAGUCUGGCUAAAUUACAGUUUGGUUAUCAUAAAGUUGAAACCAGUGGAAUUAUUGUAAAAACAGAUGUUGUCUUUUGGGUGGUUUUGUGUUUAAUUAGGUGUUAGCUUUCGCACUAUUCUAUUAUAGUAGAAGCCUUACCAAAAUAACAACCCCCCUGCCUCUUGUUUACAGUAAUUUAUCAUUUUUACUGCACUCGAGGUACAAGUAUUUCUCUACUUGUCAUAGCAUUUAGCAGCCAGCAGAGGGCGUAUGUAACUUAUUAAAUAUCUGCUGUCUUGAUUUUUUUUUGUCAGACCCAGUUACCUCAUGGAGGAAAAGCUCCAGGUCAGGGAAAGUUUUGAUUAGAUCUCAUAAACGUCAAAGCUCUUACAUUAAAUUUUAUGAUACGAUAUGUACCAAUACAAACCUCAUGUUGAGCCUUUUUUUGAGUUUCACAGCAACAAAGGUAUUAUGAUUUACAGCAGCAGUGCUCCUCAGUGGGAUCCAGGCAACCGCAUCAGUAAGCAUCUGUCUUGCUGAAGUGUCCACGAGCAAAUGGUUGAACCUUUUAUUGCUCUUUAGGCGCUGUUUUUAUAACCAGACUUGUCCUCUGAUGUCUAGUUUAGGGAGAAAUAUUCGAGAAUGUUUACCAAAGUAUGUUUAUGGAAGAUAGUUUCUUAAACAUAAGUUUCCACCUCAACAAGUCAUGGCAGCAUCUCUUAAAAAACACGAUUUAUAUUCAUGUGUUUCUUUCGUUUGUAAAGGGAUCUCGUACAAUAUGAAAGAGAAAUAAACACUCUCAGUCAAUAGGUUAGAAUGCUGGGUUUGUUGACAUAAUUAAUUCUCAUUUAACUAUUUAAAAAGGAAAAUAAAAUGUGUAAGAAUAAACAAACAGCAAUGAGUGUUCUCCUUUUUUCUUGAUUGUUUAAUUAAUUCAAAUUUGAGGGUAAAAAAAAUACUUCUCCUGUGUGUGUAUGUGUUUGUUUUCCAGUCCACAGUGGUGCAGUGAACAGCUUGUCUUUCCACCCGGCUGGUAAUUUCCUCAUCACUGCAUCCAGCGACUCCACUGUGAAAAUAUUGGACCUUGUAGAGGGCAAGCUACUGUACACACUGCAUGGACACCAGGUAGAUGCAAACACAAACACACACUUACACACACACAUGUAUCAUAUAAAUACAAUUUCAAUUUCCUACAGGCCUAACCCUGUAGUUUACACAGUCGUGAUGACAACAGGUCGUGUCUGUUUUAGUGUUUGUAUUCCUGCGUGUGUGUGUGUUUGGAAGUUUUGGUGCGAGUGUGUUUGACAUCUCCUUUGUGCCUGUUUGAUUGUCUGAAGUGUGCGAGUGUGUGCAUCUGUGUGUGUGUAUGAUGCCUUUUUUUGUACAUGGUGUAUUUUAGUACUUGCCAGGCGAGCGGGCAGCCCACUCAUCGUGACUCAUCUCAGGGUUGUUGGAAGGAAGCAGAACAGUGUAUCUGCCUCCAUUUCUCUGGAUCCUCUCCUCCUCCUCCUCUUCUUCUUCUCUUCCUCCUCCUCUCUGUUUCCGUCCCAUCCUUUUUCUACAACUCGAACCCUCCUCUUGACUGCGCUCAGAGGGAUGUUUCAGCACCACUACUGUAAUUAUCAUUGUUUUCCUCCUCCUCUGCCCUCAUUUUCAUUUACCGCCUCUCUUUUCAUGCACUCACAUUUUGACUGGCUGUGCGCGCUGGCCGGACGGCGCUCUGACUGUAUCUGUUUGUUUGAACAGCUGAUGGACUGGCCUGCUGGCUGGUCGGGGAAAUCAGUGACUUGCCAGUACCACAUGUGGUCCGUCUGUUUAUUUAUCCCUCUGUACACGUAGCCUGUCUCAUGUUUUCUUUCUUUCCCCUUGUGUUACCUGUGCUUUUCUUAGAGUACCUGCCAAGACUCUUUCGUUUGUCAAGAUUAAAAAAAGCAAAUUUUCCCCUGUCUCUCUUCACACCUCCAAAUUUGUCAUCUUCUGCUCUCUGUCUCUGUUUCUGUUGUUCUUUUUGGCUCAGCGGUGACUCCACCAAUCUGUCGCUGCUGAGAUCGUUCAGGGUGUUAAUUGUCUCUCCAGUUGCAUAGUUAGAUAUGGGACAGACCCCCAUCUGUUCGUUGUGGGUGUGUAGGUGUCUGUGUGUUUAUGCCUGCUUGUCUACGCUCAUGUACAAUGUGUGAAAACACACGAGGGCUCAGAGGGAGUGUUUUUUCUUCUGCUGGAUCUGACAAACGUGUUGUUUACCUCGCCUCAAGGGGAGCCAUACCUGGCUGGGUUGAAUCAGACUAAUUUAGGUUAAUUUGUCUCUCUGCUCCUGUGUCUGACAACUGAUUUACGCAUUGUGAUUCAAAAGUUUUUAUUGAGAAAGUUUGAAGUUUAGUACUCAAGAGCAGCUUUUAAUAUCUCCUAAUAAAGCGGAGAUUAUCCUGCUAGAUCUUUGUAAAUAAAAUGCCAGUUGAGUCAAAAUACACGUUGAGAUUUUAACAGUUACCCCCAAUUUCCACCACAUCUGGAACGGUUAGGAAAAGGCCGUAUCCGCCAAUCGUAGCUGAUCAUAACCAUUCAAGUUAAUGUGUCAAUUUCCCCCGGCUUCUUUCCGUUCCACUGUGGAUCGCAGAACUCCGCAGCUGAUCGCAAGAGUUCUAUUUUUUCCGAACGCCGGAGCAUGGCGGAUAAAUUCAGCACAGAUUAAUCCGUGCUGGAAAGGAAGUCAGGCACAGACACAAAAUAAAGCAUCCGGCUUCUUAUCAAAAUAAAACACUCUGUGUUCCAGGCGGACCGUAUGUCACACCAUGCAAACGGGCGGGGACGAGCAAGUGAAAGGUUUAUAGACAGCAUUUCACCCUGAUGACACCAUGGAUGAGGAGAUGCUGAUUUUAGAAGUCUAGAAGUAGAUAUCCUCCUCUGGAAGGACACAAUCUACUGCUUCUAUGGUUAGCCUAUGUGGCUAAAGACAACUUGUUAUCGUGUGAUUGCAUGUGAAUCUGCCGAGUCUUGUGAGUUCUUGCGAUUCCUGCUGUCCGUAAUCCGCCACAAAAUUCGCCUCACUAGCUGAUCCGGUAGGAAUUAGCGUACGGCGAAAAUCGCCGCAGUUCUGGAUCUGAGCUGUUCCGCAUGCAGUUGAAAUCCCGGGUUAGUAUCUACCUUUUUAUGCGUUAGUUUCUGUAGUCCUACUUGAAACUUAGCUGCACAUGUGGAGUCUUUAAUUUUUGUCUUGGUUAGGGCUGGGCGAAAAAAUUUAUGGAUAACAAAAUUUACAACAAUAAUCAACGUCAUUUUGCCCAUAUCGGUAUAUUCUGUCUCAAGAAAAUAAAUAAAUAAAAGUUGGUUUUGGAUGUGUGUAGGUAGGCUAUGGUCUCAUGUCCCUUUAAGACACUGUCCUACGUCAGAGACGUGACUCCACCCCAUCCAGUCUGUAACAAAGAGGGAAAGACAGGUGAGGAGAUGGAGGACGGUUCAAAAGUUGUAGCGACUGGAGCGGCAGCUGAAGUAGACGAAGUUAAUGUGGGAGGGGGUGAGCAGCUUGUGGAGUAGUUAUCGUCCAUUUAUCGUUAACGAGGUGAACUGCUCAAUAUAUCGUGAUAUUGAUUGGGGGCCAUAUCGCCCAGCCCUAGUCUUGGUGUUACAUGUCUCAAAACUGAAAUUCUACCACGUACCAACCGUUUCUGCCAAUCAACAAAGACCGAGCUAAAUGUGAAUAAACUGAUGAUUGUGCGACACAUGGAUGUAAUCUCAGGAAUGUCACCAAUAUGUUCCUGAAGCAGAGUCCUGAAGCUGAUCAACAGCAGUCGUCAUAUUGGAAAUGCUGACUCAACCUAAUUUUUGGUCAACCGGCUAAGAAGCAAAGAGACGGGCCUUUAGCCUCCUUGCUAGCAGCUACAGUGUGCCUGACUGUCAGUCAAGUCAGCCAUGCCUCUUUUGCCAAACUCAUAAUUUUAAUAUCUUAGAAACAAAUGUGCUAUAAAGAUAUGCACUUCCCACACAGUGUGUGCUGAGAGAGAUGAGCUAUUCAGAUCUUUCCAGGCUGUAAACACAUUUAUUUUCCUGUAACGAUUAGCUUUUUUUGAUUUUGAGUGUAUGUGGUUUCUGCUGCUUCCGCGGCCAGCCUCAGGCGGGCGCUCGGGGAACUGCGGUUUUGAGCACUUCUACACCGGUUUCAGUUUUCAAAGCUAAAGGUUGCUGCUCAGGUGAAAAAUGAUAAGAUGAAAAACCUGGACAGGGGUAGUCAUGUUACAAUGAUACAAUUUCAUUUAACAGACACUUUUGUCUAAAGUGACGCACAUCUGAGAGUUAGUGUAGCACAUGCAAAGGUUUAGAUAACAACAACAAUCAUCAGCAGUAUCGUUACCUUCAUCAGUGCCAUCAUUGAAAAUUCAGAGGAAACUGUUUGUCAUCCUUUUUUGCACAACUGCCACAGUAAUCAACCACAAACACCAUCAUGUAAGGACUUUCGGGUCCUCAGUUUGUCACUUCUAUUUCUCUACUAGGUGAGUGUAACUCAUCCACCCUCUGAGCACAGACACAGACAGAGGCAGUCUGCCCGUGUUCAUCAGUGUGAUUUCAUUCAAGUAACACUCUCGGUCCUCGCCAGUGAGUGACCUCGCAUAUUUAGAGAGUCCCGUAUUGUCUCCCUCAAUGUUGAAAAAAGCCCAAAAAAUCUUGCUGUUAAUAGUGGUUAAUGUGUCUAAAGAUGUUUGCUUGCCUCAGGUUAAGUCCUGUUCACUAAAAGCAUCACACUAACACUAAAAGGGUCUGUAGCAUACACAAACUAAAUGCACUUUCAUACUUGAGUCUGAUGCUGUUGUGUAAAACAAGAGGAUCUUUGGAUCCCAAAACUCAGGCAUGUUAUCAGUCAUUAAAAUCACAAUGAUAUGCAAUGUAAAAAAACAGCCUAAGUUUAAGUAUGAAGGGUCUUUUCCGAGUAAGAAAGACUGUUGUGUGGAAAUAAAACUUCUUUGAGUGUCCUGCAGUUUUAUCCACAUCACAUGCUCCCCUUAAGUCACUAAUGACCUGGUUACCCAAACUUAAACUGUGCAUGAAUUAAAUAUUGAUAACUCUGAAACUUUCUUGGAUGCUUUACUUAAGGAUAAAAUAUAUAAAUUUAUAUGGGCUGAGUACCAAGGGCAGCUAUACAAUCUGCAAUCUGAUACAGCUCAAGUUAGCCCUCAGCUACCCUUAAAUUAGCUGGUGCUGAUUUGGUGUAGGUAGACUUUUUUUUUUCUUGUUUUACUUUUUUUAAUUAACUUUUUAUUGUUUUUUAACUGUAUCACACAAAGACCAACAUACACAAAUGUGAGGAAAAGAAAGGAAAGGAAAGAGAGGAAAAAAAAUAACACUCACAGAAAAACGAUUACUCAUCAAAAACUACUUAAAAAAAUAAACUAAUCCAAACAUAAAUAUAAUUACAUACAUCUACAUACACCUCCAGCAUCCUUCUUUACUCCCCCGCCCUCACAGUCACCACCCCACAACAUCACAUAUCAGACUUCUGUCCCAGAGAAGAUACAGCUCCCGUCCACAUAAGAACUCCUCUCCACUGACCCUCCAAUCAUCCACCUCACACAGGCCUUAUUGUUCAGUCUGAAAAUCAGUUGAUUGUAACUAGCUAUUUUAUUCAUUUCUUGCAUUAAAUUGUAAAAUAUUUGUUUUUUCCAGUGUCUUAAAGCAAUCUUAUCCCUUCUGUUAUUAUGCCCAAAAUACACACGGCGGGGCACUGAGGUAAAUCCAUCUCGAAUACCUUAUUAAUACAUAAUAUUAUAUUUUCCCAUAGGUUUUGUGCCUUUUCACAUUCAUACAACACGUGUAAAAGUGUUCCCCUACUCCUCUCACACCUCCAGCACAAAUCAGAUUCACACAACUUUAAUCGCACCCUUUUACAAGGAGUCCAAUAGAGCCUGUGGAUGAUUUUAUAUGUGAUGAGGCAGGUCUGUAUCUCUCUAUAUGUCCUGUACCAGGAUCUAGUUAUUUCCUCUCAUUUCUCCAUAGUUAUCUCGCCCUGCUGAACCUCUUCCCAUGCUCUCUUUAGACUAUCAAGUUCUGGUGGGUGAGACUGUCUCAUACGACUGUAAUCUUCUUUUAUUUUUUAAUUUUGGAGCUACAUGUUGCAAACGCAACUGUUGUGUAAAACAAAAAGAACAAAAGACCUCAAAUCUUUGAGUUAGAGCCAAUAUGCACCUUUUAAUGUUUGUCAUUGCACUUCUUAUUAGCAAUGCCGUUGUAAAAAAAUCAAAGUUGAUCAUGUAUUUCCUCAUGUCAUGGAGAGCUAGUAACACAGUUAUACAGGUGUUUUUCCUCAAUGGAAUACCUGCAUACCUUUGUGUCCACUCACAACAAUCCAUCUUAGACUUUUAAUCACUAUUUUAGUGCUAUAAGAAACCAUAAUCACAGUUUUGAAACAUCACAGUGUAACAUGUUUUUAAACGCUCCCAGAGGUGUACUUAAAUGAAUAUAACAGUGGAUAAAUUAUAGCCAGAACUAGCAUGUAAUCAUAUUUUGUUAGUCAUAACCUCACCAUGUGGGGUCUGUCUGCCUUCAGUAACCCCAGUUCAUUUAUCAGUGCAUAAAAUGUGCCAGUUAGGUUCAUUGCCCUGUCAGGCUCUGUGUUUAUGUGUGUGUGUGUGUGUGUGUGUUUAUGUGUGUGUGUGUGUGUGUGUGUGUGUGUGUGUGUGUGUGUGUCUGGCCAUGGCAAGUGCCAGCCUGGCAGCAGGCAUUAGUCAGAGCCGAGACAGAACAUGCUGUCUGUCAGGCCGUCGCGUUGCCAUAGUGACACUGUCUGCUUCUCUCAGGUGCUUCUGGGAAACCAUUCCUCACCCAAACCAGCCUGUCUGGGUGCCAGCCGCAGGACACAGCAGCUCCUUUUUUUUCCUCUUUCAGCAGCCUCCCAGUGUGUUUCUUUUUCCUUUUCUCCGGUUUGUUCUCUCCUUCAUCUUCUCUUUGAACACAGUCAGAGGGCUGGGGCUGUAAUCGUGACCCCAUUCUGCAUUGUAAGGUAGAGAAAAGAGUGAACCUAGAGAGAGGGUGGUUUCUACCAUUUUUGAAAGCCCGGAGUCUGUCUUUGCUCAAGGUUCGUAGCAAACUAAGACAAACACACACACACUCAGAGCAUACCACAGCCCUGACUUCCUCAGGUGAUCGUUUUUGGCUCUGACCAUGGGUGACCUCAUCCCCACCUGCGUCUCUGCUUUCUAGUAUUGAUUGCUCUGCUAGAGCCCCACACGCCCACCUCCUCCUCCACAAGCAUAUGAAGGAGAUUCUGUUCAGAGUAAAGUUUUGUUUCCUCAGAAGAUAUGAAGACUUUUUUUUUAAGAUAUAAGCUAUACACACACAAAAAACCUUCAGUUCUCUCCAGCCUUUGUCUUGUAAUUGAUUGUGCCCACUUCUCAAAAGUGGGGUUUUAUUUUUAUUUUGCAGCCUAUAUAUUGUUACAUACUGUGGUUUUUACUUCCUCCUAUACUUUAUAUCACUACAUACACUCUCACUGCGACUACAUCUGCAGAGGAAAAAUAUUUGAUCAUUCAUAUCAAUUUUUAUAUUGAAUAUUGGAUUUGAUAUCAAUAUAUUAUUCGUUUAAUGUAUUAUUACAAUUUAUUAUUCAUUAUUCAAUAUAAUAUUCAAUCAUAUUGACUUUCCCUUCGAGGAUAAAUAAAGUUCCUAUAUUGCUUAAAUGCAGGCUUUGGAAAUGAAUGAACUGGCUGAAACAACAUAUUGAUAGAAGAUUUAUUUUUCUUCAUGUUCAAAGCUGCAUCAAGCAAUGAUGUUUUAUAUGACUAAUCUAUUAUUUUGUGUCUAAACUUACAAAAAAAACAUUUCAAAGAGUUUUCCUGUCCAGUAACACUAAAUACCCGCUGAUAUAGGGCUGAACAAUUUCAGAAAAUAAUCUAAUAGCGUUUUUUUGCCUCAAAAUUGCGAUUGCUCCUCCUCUUCUAAUGUGUUUUUUAACAAACACAAACAAUAAAUCAAUCUGUAUUAUCGUAAACAAUAUCAGAUUUAUUAUACAUAAAUUAGGGUUGCACGAUAUAUCGUUUGACCUGCUUUGCUUCGCUCCACUCCUAAGUCACGUGACCAGAUCAAGUGACCAGUCAAAAUCGCAGCCUUUGUGGUAAGAAAAUUGCGUUUCUCGUAUCCAGAUAUCAUCGCAAAUGCAAUUAAUCGUUCAGCCCUACACUGAUAGGAUUUUUUUUUUCAUAUCAACCAUCGCUUUGCUUAAUUAACUUGACCUGAUAGUUUACGACUCAGAGAUCCAAAAAGCCUCAUUUUGUAAGAUAAUUCAGGGGAAAGAUUCAAAUAUUCUGUCUCUUUCUGUCUCGUCCUGCCGUCUCCACAGGGUCCAGUGACUUGUGUGGCCUUCUCCAGGACUGGAGAGUACUUUGCCUCUGGUGGUUCAGAUGAACAGGUGAGGAUAUUUUCUUCCAGAUGUAUCCUAAACUUCAGUUUACUUAAGUCUGUAGCCAAAGGUCAGUCAUUAUUCUACAGGGGAAAAGAAGAAAAUGUGUUUUGACAUCUAAUGAAGCAAUACUGUUAAGAGUUAAUGACAAUCUCUUUCUGUAUUAAAUUGUUUUCUUGACUUAGUUGUGUUAAUUUUGGAUAAGUAAAACUUUAUUUUGAUCUCUCAGGUAAUGGUGUGGAAGAGCAACUUUGACUGUGCUGAGUGCGGUGAAGGCAUCCGACCGCAGCAUAAAACCAUGUCCAGAGUUAAGACGCCAUCAACCAGCUCCAUGGCUCACCCCAACUUUAACUCACAGCCAUCAGCGCUCCAAAGUCAGGUGAGUCCAGAUGACUGGAGACAACCACAGCCAACUGACAGCAAAUCUGCACCUAUGUCCUGUUUGAACUCAAUAAUUCAAUUCAUUCCUUUAUUUACUCCUUUACAACAUAAACACACAACAAAUAUACCGAAUGACCUUUCUUUUUUUAUGCACAUUCAAUACUAAACCUCAGAGGGAGAGAAUGAUAGACUCUGAAAAUCUUGGUCCUGAGGAUUACUGCUGUAUUUUUCUCUUGUGGGGAGUUUUUAGCUUGUUGGAAAAACAGACUGAAAUUAAUAUUGAUUCCUCUUUAUGACCCACAAACGCAAACAAGACAAUCAACAAACAACGUGACUUUUUCCAUGUAGUAAUUUUUAUUAUCUGAAACCGCUGAUGGGGGGCGGGUGUCACACUAAGAGAUAAACUGCACACGUGGUCCACUGCAAAGUGAAACAUUUGACAGCUCAGAGUCAACAGGAUGAGAUCGUUUAUCAAGAAAGCACUAAUUACGCUUGUGCUGAACCAAAUUAGCGAGACUGCUUUGUCCACAAGGGGGCACUAAAACUGACGAAAACAGAAGUUUGAAGUAAAUUCUCAAAUGUGCGAUAAAUGAUGUAUACACUGAAAAUUUUGAUGCAUUCUAUUAGAUGAAUAUUAGAAUUACAAAUAAUUAAAAGGCUUUUAGGCAAAAUAUGUUGUUUUAUUUUUGGUAUUUCCCCAGAAUAUUUUAGAGUAAUAUUCCUAUAAUCUACUUUUAUGGUUUUGGAGUGUAUUUGCCAUGCUGGGGAUUAGGGUGUGUAUUCUCUGAUAUAAACACAAACAGCAGAGUAAAGACUCACUAAAUCUAGAGCGUGCUCACAAUUACAUGCAUGUGGACUGCCUGGACUCACUAAUAAACCUAAGAAACACAUACGCCCGUGCCCGUCAGUUAUUCAUGCUGACUUAUUUCCUCCUGCAUAUCCUUCCUUUGAAGUCUGCUGUGUGGCCCAGAGCUACAGCCAUAUCUCACAUGAAAGGGGACUACCUACUUACUCCUGCAAAUACACUUUGAUACGCAGGGAGGUUUUUUUUUUUCCUCUAUCUCUCUGAUCACACCAAAAAGAUGGAAUAUUAAUCUGUUUUCAACAUAUAACAGUAUGCUUGGAUACAAAAAGGCAUUAAAACACACAACAAGUGAGUUUUCCUACAAAAUUCAAGUGUCCUUAAAGGAGACAUUUGGAACUUUCUGUAUUUUAUGUCACUGAAGUACACGUGAUACUGACUUCUUAUUAAAUCUGACAACAAAGAGGCUUCAAAUAAUACCGAGACUCAAUAAAUGCCAAAAUCAGUUAUACUCUGAAAUAUUGAGAUACCAAUUAAGCCUCCCAGGCUCAGAAAGCCGGACUUGUGGCAUUAUCUUUUCCAUUUUCAUGACAGUAACUUAAUAAAACAUCACUCUCUGUUUUUCAGCAAUCUGGACAGUCACUGAUUUCACCACACCCUCUCUGACUGUCAGAGAAGAAAGUGAAGUGAAAAGUUAGCAUGGGUAGCAUUUCAUUUAAAUUUUUCUUCAACUUCAAAAGGUUAGAAAAACUUUGUCCACAUUGAACGGGUUUGGUAACUCAAUUUGAGAGUGAUGUCCAUGUCAGAAGGUUACUGCACUUUAUAAUAAUUUAAGGCACCAUACAGGUUUUUUUCUAUCUGGUUGCUUGGUCGCAGAUGUAGUGGUGUGCCUAAAGGCUCAUUUAUGCUCAACGUUACAUAUGGAUCCGGUUAGACGACGCUCCCCGUCCAUGCUUCGCGUUCAUUUCCUUCCAUAUUUCUGCAUGUAUCCUUGAAGUUUAUCGGUGCGGGCCAGAUGGAGCAGUACCACUGAAAACCGUGGGGGCAGUGUUGCCGCUGUCCCUAUCUGAUCUGCAUUUCUAGAGAGAAACGAAGAAGACAAUGGCAGGGCUUUUUGAGGAUCGUCGCUGAUUUCUCUCAUUGGUACUAUGAGAGAAAAGAAUUCUCCGUCCUCCAACUGCGAAGCAUUGAGUGACUACUGCUUCCUCCAACGCUUCCUCCAUUUCCGUCUCCUAUGGAGAAUAUACGUCAUCACUUUUUACUCUGGCCUGCUCCUGGUGGAUGUAAUGGUUAAUAUCCAUGCCGACGUAAAGGACGCAUGGAAGUAUGUGGGCAGUGACGGAACCAUCGUUUGAAGCAAAUGCGUACAUUUUCAUACACAUGGUGAGCAUGAAUGAGCCUUAACACGACACUGCUGUCACAGUCGAUCAAAAGGAGGCUGGUGGUGGUGGUAUUGAAUUGUAUCUUAUCACUUAGUCAAAGUAGAAAAGCCGAUUCCCAAGUUCUUAAGGUUACGUUUUUAGAAUUAGCUAAAAUUAAAAUAAAAUAAAAACCUCCAAAUCUACAAGUCGGACCAAAAUAUUCUCUGAAUGUUUGCUUGAUAAUGACUUAAUCAUUGACUUCAUUAUUUAAACAUUGAGAGAGAGAAAUCAGACGGCCAGACUGGAAAAGAUAAACGAUUAGAGACAAACCGAAAGUGAGAAAGAACAGCAGCCAUUAGUGAUGUUUAAAUAUUAAAAGGCCUUGUCAGAUGUCACUCAUUGUCUCUCUCUCUCUCUCUCUCUCUCUCCCUCUGUCUCUCUGUCUUUCUCUCUCUCACAUACACACACACACACAUAAAGAGGACAUGGUGUCACAGCCUGGCUCGACCUCAGGGAAUGGUUUGGAUUUCAACCUCAUUGGCUGCUACAGUGUUACUUACAUGAACAAGGGCACAGCCAAGGUCCUCUCUCUCUCUCUCUCUCUCUCUCUCUCUCUCUCUCUGUCUCUCUGUCUCUCUCUCUUUCUCUGUUUGACCUGCCAGAAGUUAAGAUGCACCCACAGUGAUGCCGCCUUCACUUGAGACUUUAUUGGAAAUCAAGAAUGGUUAACUGCUCUGAAUUAUACAUACACAAAGCACUCAUUCCCAAUUCAUUAUCUCCUACUGCACAUAACACCAACAUAGAAUUAUUAGAUAACAAACACUACAGUGAAGCAAAAGUUUAAGUCCAAUUAAGUAUGUAUGGAUGAAUCUCUUCAACAUCUACUUUACAUUUCCUUUGAGUAGUGCUGCCACGAAUCUUUAAACAUCCUUUAAACGCCAGCCUCUUUGUGCCACCCAUCCUUCCCUCCAGGCUCUUUCUUCUUCAUCUCCGUCUUAUUGUGUCUGUCUCGUCUGCUGCUGUGAUACAGGAUUGUAAAUGGAUUUUAAUAGCUCCUCCACUAGACAGCUGUUAUUACAGACGCGCCCCAAAGGGUGAUUAGAAAAUGGGCAGUUGAGUCGUGCGGAGAGGCAUGAUUAGUCCAAUGUAUGAAACGUAUUCUCCUCUUCUGAGAACUGCUCUUCUUCUUCUUCUAAAAACCCAUUUCACUGGGAGAAACGAUUAUACUUUACAUCUCCUUUAUUAUCAAACAAGGCCCAUGAUGGUCCUGAUCAGUUGUUUGCGGCAUCUCUCUUUGAGCUUUAAAAAAACGCAGUUGAGAAGAUGCUCUUUUAAGCAAGGGUACAUGUAUUUGUACUUAAUUUGAUUGGUGUUUUUGAUGGGUUUGGAUCUGGAGAUACUUAAUUUGAUUUCGUAAGAGUCUCUCAGGAAGCUCUGGCUGUCUCUUGGUUCUUAUGUAGUCAGUAGCAAAGAUAAGGAAUUUUUUUAUCAUAUCAGAAUCUGUUGAAUUCCUUUUUUUAAUUCUUUUGGGGUAUUUUGUCAAGAAUUAAAAACAUUAAUUCAUAGUUUGGUCAUUAUGAUAACAACUCUUUUAGUUUAUGCUCUAAACUCUGACAUUUUAUGUACAACCUCACUUUUUUGUACUUUAGUCAAGAGUUAUGUAGACAAAAAUACUCUACAUAACUUUCUGUCUGAGGAUCCUUACUUGCAGAGAAACACUUCAUAUUUGAUCAGUGACCUUUCCCAUCAUUUAACAAUGAAGUUAACAUUGUACAUGAUUUUAAAUGUUGAUCUAUUUGUUAACUAACAAUUUAAAGCUCCUGUGAGGAGUUUUUUUAUGUAUAUGAAACACACUUAAAUUCAUAACAAUGCCUUUUCCUGGUAUCCAAAAGCAAAUACGACCAUUAGCAACAAGAUCGAUAUUUUUAUAUUGUAAGUUUUAAUGCUUGAAAAUGUGGGAGGGUAGGUGUCAGCCAAGCAGCUGAAGAAACAGCCCUGCUCUCUAUAUUUCCCACAUAGUAUUUUCAUUUUUUUCACAGUUGAUGAAUUUGACAGUCAAGAGUCAACAUGAUAUGAUUUUAAACAAAAAACACUACUUAAGCAUGUAGAGAACAAGAUAAGCAAAGACUGCUCUGCCCACAGGGGGGCGCCAAAGUUGACACAAACCAAAAAGUCCUCACAGGAGCUUUAAUAAUUAACUCAGUUACAUAAGACAGAAAAAAAGUUUGAUAAGCAUUGAAAUGUUUAUAUUUAUUAUAUCUCAAGCUGCGCCACCAUUAAGCUUUUUGAUCUUUUUUUUCUAAUCACUCAUCCCUGACAGUAGGACUAUGAGCCCAACUCACGUUAAAGAAACCAGAGAAAUAUAAUGUUUAAUAACCAUAUUGUUAGGAAAACCACAUUUUAUUGUAUUUAACUGAAGUCCCACAAGGCCAUUUGAACAAUUACUGGAAUGAGACCCUCUUUUUAUUUUGAGUUACAAAGUCUCUGAAGGAUUUUCUUAAUACAGGACACUUAUGAAGGUGAAUAUGAUCAUUUUUUUAUAAAAGUAUAUUUCUCGUUAUAUUUUAGUUUUUAAAUCUGAGAGAUGCCAGGGAUGGGCUUGUAAAUCUUUCUCUGUGAGUUUGCUGGAAAUAUAUGCAGUAUGCUGUAAGUUUAUUACACUAGAAACUGCAUUUUUCUCGCAUCUUAUAAUUACAUACUCUUGACAGACACCAUCAAAAGAUGCCAGUCAUGAUAAUGAGGCAAGUUUUUCAUUUGCAUGAAAAAUGGUGUAAGAGCAGUCUAACCGCUGAUUACACUCAAAACACAGCGAUGAAUUCAUAAUGUGGAAAAACUGAAAGUGGUGUUAAUUUAAAGAUUCCUGCUAAUGUGAAAUCUGAACUUUCCUCAGGCAACAAUUGCAUCUUGUUUUAAUGACCAGGUUUGUUAAAUAUAAGGUUGGACAUGCAGUAUGUCAGGAGACAGAGACACGUGAGAACAAACCCUGAUGAAAUCUCAGUCCUUUUUUUUUCUUUAAAGCUCUUGUUCACUGCUUGAUAUAAAACAUUUUACUCACUUAAGCUUGAAAGCUUCUCCAUCAUUGCCUGGUCUGCUUUCCACGUGGAUCAUUCUGCUUGAAGAGAAAUAUCCAGUCGUAAAAAUGCUUUUAAAAAUGACGAAGCACUACUUUGUUUUUCUAUCACAUGCUGAUUAAUUAAUUUUGAUUAUACUAAGUAAAUAUUUUUGACCGGUACAAAAAAGAUGAAAAUAAUGCUGUAUUUAUACUUGUAGUGCAGUUACUUGCUGAAACACACAAAUGCACAUUGACCCUAUUAAUCUCCUCAAACUUUCCUCUUUAAUGAAUUGUUCCCCAUCAGUUGUUAGUCUUAAAGUCAUGGUAGUCACUGCACCUGGAAGCAGUGGCUUCCUAGAUUUUUCUUUUCAUGUAUAAUUUAGCUAUUCAUAAUUUAUUAUUAAUACAGGCCCUUUCAUCUCUCAUAAACUGCCGAGAGUCUCGCACACGUGUUGCCAGAGGAAGCAGAGAGGAGAAAGCUGCCACCAGCUUGCCUUAGUAUUAUCCUGGUUAUCUUCUCUCUUGGAAAGCUCAUUGUCAGGCUUUUGUAAGUUUGAAAGGAGAGUGAAAAACAGAGAGAGAGCGAGAUUGAAGACAGGACAAGUGGAUCUGAUAUGCUGUUUUAAAUUCACUUAUUUUAUGAGAGGCAGGAUACAUUUAACAGGAUGUUAAGUCGAGGAAAACGACUUCCACUUACAUGUCCAAACUUUUAGAGAUUCAUUUUUUUCUCACCAAAACCAGUGCUUUAAGGGUACAAUGUGUAGAAAUGGGAAUAUUUAGCAAUCUUAAGCAAUCAGAUUAUGUAUCGAUAAUUGUGUAUUCUGACAUCUGAACAUCACUACACAUUUUCUCCAUAUCAGGGCUUUAAGAUGAAACUUCAUCUGUUGGUCAACUUUAUUGAUUUAUUAAAGGUCACGAUUGAGAAAAGCUGCUUGUGUCAGUUCAAGUAUGUUGAUCUGAAGACCAGCAGAAGUCCAAAUGCAUAUUUCACCCUCCUCUGGUUAUCAGGUGUAACAUAGUCCCAAGUUUCAAAAUGAGUUUGUCGGGUUUGUAGCAUCUGUCAUUGACACAUUUGUGAUUUUGUGUCAAAGUUGCAUUCUGACGAGCAUCAUCUUUGAGUCGGACUGUUGAUAUUACACUCAUCUAAGCCGACAAAAAUUAAAAACAAAAAUUUUGCACAAAGGCUGCGUUCUUCUUAUAGAUAGAGAGACAUAAGCGCUGAAAAAUAAUUUUUAAUGAAAAUCAAAGAAAAAAAAAGUAGGACGCUUUUGUGGUCUCUUUCUUUUUUUGGCAAAGCUACAAGGAGCAACCAGAGAGAGGCAAAAGAGCUGCAGGUCACUGCUUCUUUUAUGCCAUAAAUAUAUGUUUCUAAACAAAGGAAGGGUAGAGUUAUGCUGCGUUCUUGUUACCUCGGAAGUCGGAUGUUGGAGCUGGGAAAGACGUUGCACCCGAGUUGACGGUGUUCCAGUAAACAAAUCGGAAAACCAAGAUGGACGUCUACUGUUAGCCAUUGUUAGCUGUUGUUAACAAUUGUCAGCUGUCGUUAGCCGUCGUCAGUUGUCGUUAGUUGUUGUCAGCUGUUGUUAGCAAUUGUCAGCGGUUGUUAGUUGUUGGUAGCUAUACCAGUUGUAAACAACAAAACAGAAGUGCUAAUAAAUAAAACAUUAUGAGAGGUUUCACUGUUACUCUUCUCUGUCGAUGCACUGCGCUGCCAACUUAUAUUAUGGCGUUGGAUCGUCCGACUUUCUGAAUCAGAAAUCCGACUCCAGGGGGCAUUCCAGAUGAAUUUCCGAAAAUCCCGACUUCUGAGCACAACUGGAACGCAGCAGUGAUCAUUUUGCAACUUCAGGAGUUUGUAGCACAUUUCCCUGCUUCAUCUAGAUGUUAAAUGUAUAAAUAAUUUGGCUGAGAUAAAUGUGAACUAUGAAUAUAUUUCUAUACCCAGGUGGUGAAGUUUGGAGAACAGACUCUAGCUUGGAAGCGACAGGUCUGCAGCCCUCUUGUCUCUGCUCCCAACCGUCUAACGUGACCGAGGUGUUAAAACCAUCAUCUCUAGCUAUGUCAAAUACCCAGUAUUACACGCAGCCGCCUGUGGCUAUAAUUCAUUUCAGCAGGAAGAAAUUUGCCUAAUGAGACAGUAAUGCUGUGUUUAUUCAUACAGAGGCAAAGGCCACCCAUGGCCCCUGCCCUCUCAGAAUCAAAUCCACUGGGAUUUCAUAAGCAGCUAAUUUGAUAUGCUGAUCCUUUAAUGUACUUGGAUGUGAAGCUCCAUGAUAAUUUGCCAGCGAUGGGCGCUAUACCAGGGACAUGUGGGCCUAUUUGUUAAACACAAUAAGCCAGCUUUAAAAGGAGGUCUCUGCAGCGAAGAUUGAGAGUGUGUGUGUGUGCGCUUCAGUCAGCCUGUGUCUGAGCUCAACACAGCUGAGCAAAUCUUUAUGUGUGUAGGAGUAGAUGCAGCCAUGUGUGUUUUUGUUUGUGUUUGUGUGUGCUUGUUUGUGUGUUGUGUGCGCGUGUGCCAACCACUGCUGACAGGCAGAUCAGCUCUCUCUGAUCACAUCCGCUAUAAUCCCUACACCCCCCCCCCCCAUGCUCUCUUCCUCCCCCUCCUUCCUGUCUCUAGCUUCACAUCUGGGUCUCUCUCCCGCUCACGUGUGCAGACAGACGAGCCGUACACUCUCAGCAGGCUUCCCCUCACACACACACACACACACACACACACACACACACAGAUCACUGCACCGCUCGGUUCAGCUUUAGGAUGUGGAUUGGCGAGCGAGUGAGGGGGGGGUUCUCUGACUACAGUCGCUGUUUGAACUUCUAUCUCCUUCAGCGCCAUUAGAGACAAAAUAGGCUGCUUUGACUGCGUUUUAGUCAACCGAAACCUAACUGUCUCCUAGGAUAGAAAAAAGGUGUGUUUCUGCAGUGUUUGUGCAUCUCUACAGUGCUCGCACGGAGAGACAGGUGUUUCUGUUCUGAUAGGAGGAGUUAAAUUAAUUUGACAGCAGGAGGAUAGAAAGAAGCGAGCAAGAGAGGGGAAUGCAAAGGGGUGCAACGAGGGAGUGUUGAAGACAAGAUAGUGAUGGAGUUAAAGAGAGCCUAAUGGUCUAGUGGAGCGAGAGAACAUCCCAGAGAAACCGGCAGAGAGGGAGAGGGACGGAGAGAGGGAGGGAGAAAGGUAGCAAAGUGAGAAAGCAGUGUGAGCAUGUGAGGGAGCUAGACGACACGAGAGCACAAGAAGACGAGGAGAAAGAUCAAGACGGCUGAGAAAGAUGAGUUGAGAGGGAAUUUGAGAGGCAUUAGCAGACACGUUACAUCCAUGUUACACCGGGGGAGACAGAGAGAGAUUAAAAGAGAACGAGAUCAGGAGGAAGAGAGGAAAAAAAGGGAGGCAGAAAAUAGAGAAAGAGGAGUGAGUUAAAGAGAGGUGAAAUGGAAAAUGAGAGUGAGGAGUGGACUAAGUAGCAUUAAUAAGAGGGAAACACCCUCCCCUAUAGCUGAGUUCAGAGGCAUAACUCAGAGCUGAGUCACUUCACAGGCUUCAUUCAUCAGACAGCAUCACUCGCGGUUUAGCUCUGAAUGUUUGCACCACUCUAAUUAACUGAUUUGUCAGCUGUCAGUGGACAGAUUAGUCUAUAUUUCAUGGAUGUAUUAUAACACAAACACACACAAACACACUUUUCACCUUACCUGUUCAAUGAAAUAAAUGUGUUUUUAAAUGUUUGGCAUUUUCAGGCCCCUUAAGGCGAAAAUGGAUUGUCUUUACUUGUAAAUCCUCUCCUCCUUCGGAGGUUUCAUCACCUAGUGUAAGAUAUUAGAGCUGAAUAGCUACCACCAGCUAUGCCAUCUGUGUUCAAAGUAAUGUAAAGCCAUUGGCAUUAAUUUAACUUAAACACAGACAUUAUUCUCAGACAGUUAAUUAACACUCUGUAGCCCGCUGAACGGCGACAGCUGGUGUCAACACAUAUUGUUCUCUUGGGUCCAUACUGCUGGUUUUUAUGUAUAUAGCAGAGAUGGGGAACUACGGAGUUAUAUGUUUACAGUGAGGCUGUGAUGGAGUUGGAAAUUUUUGCCUCUCUUUCCUGGAAAAUGGAUGAAUAUGCCACUCUUGUUGCAUUUGUUCUGGUAGAUGGGACUUGUCUCUGGUCUCUAAAAUUCCAUUACCAUUUGACCUUAUUUUAGACAGUCCAGCUGUAAAGUCCUACUUGACUGGUCGACUUAUUGGUCGAUACACGCUGAGUCGACCAAAAUUCUGAUUGGUCGACUUGAUUAUCUUCCGCGUCAAUUUACUGUCUAUGGUUAAUUUCAUAAGGAGCAAUGUACCAAGUGCUAACAGAGGUGUUUUCAGGGCAAAGCUGUCUCAAAACACCCCCCUCGUUUUCACCAUUUUGGAUUCACCCAACCAACUGGAGAUUGGCUGGAGACAGAAAGAUUGGAGUUAAUCAAUGUCCAGUGGUUUGCUGAAUAUUUAUAUUUUAGCCUUUUGUGUUUAAUUGCCUUCUUGUGCUGAUAUCAGUAUAUUUUCACCCUGCCGAGCCCCGCUCUGCCAAGCUGCGUCGUUUGCAAAGGGGUUUGCCGUCAGAGUCGGAAAAAUCCAACAGGGCCCAACCGAUGCCGAUACCGGUUAUUAGGGGGAAAAAAAAUCCGAUUACCGAUUAAUCGGCCGAUUAUUUAAAUUUUUAUAAAGUUCUUAAAAAUACAUAUAUACUGUACGUAUCUACAGCAUACUAUAUACUCAGAUCUGUCACUCUGCUGUGCUGUGAGGUGAGUGGAUGAAGAUUGUCAUGAGGUCGCUGCGCCAUCUACAGGAUAAGUCGGGGAACUUUUCAAAUGGCGGAACAUUUUCAAAGUGAAACCGAAUCUUAUUCUCUGCAUUUUAUUUCUGAAAAUAUUGGCGAAAAUCUGUGAGUUUUUGAUUACCGAUUAGUCUCAAACAGGCUAAAAUCGGUCGGGCCCUAAAAUCCACCCCCCAAUUAGUCGAUUUUUGGUCAAACAUUUAAGGGUUCUAGUUGACCAAGAAUUUCUUUGGUUGAUUACAGCCCUACCAGCUACACUAUUUAGGAUUAUGCAGGUUUGAAGUAUGGCUUUGAUUGUAUCUAAAAUUUAAAACAAAAAUAAAGUAUAAGAUCAUAAUUCAUUUCAUUGCAGAUGAUUGUAUUGGGGCUGUGUUAAACUACAAGCCAUAAAAUUUGAUGAUCUUGCUUUAUUUAGUUGAUGCCUUUAAAGACAACUGAUAUAGAGAUAAAGUAUAAAGUUCUGGACUCAGUUUUAUCCGUCAGUCCGUUGGUUUUCUUCCACUCAUCCGGUGUCAGAUUGGAGUGGCAGCAGGAUAAGACAGCCCUCCCUCAGCCACAUUUUCCAGCUUCUCCCGGGGGAUUCCAGGGCGUGCCCAGACCAGAUGGGAUGAAUAAAUCCCUCCAGGAAGUGCUAGGUCUAGUUGCACGUACUCAUAAAAACCUGCAAAGGGAAGCCCCAGGAGACAUCCGAAUCAGAUGUCCGAGCCACCUUGGCUGGCUCCUUUUAAAUGUGAGGGUGGCUCUCAUCCGAGCCCCCCUGUCACUAAAGCUUAGGUUACCCCUCAUGUCGGCCGUCCCAUUCUUUUAGUCUCUACCCGAAAUCAUACAAGGAGAUCUGAUUAUAAGUAAAAUGAUGAAUUGAAAUUGUAAUUUUAUACCAGCUAUCAGCCAACAAGUUCUCUUAGUAUCUCUAUUGGCAUCGUCUGUUGAAAUUUGAUAUGGGUGAACCACUUACAAGGACUGAAAUCUCUUUUUUUGUUGAUCUUCUUUAUUUUUUUCACUGAAUAAAAGAAUAAAAAUCCAAUUUGCAGGCAGCAGUUAGCCAACAUAGGUUACAACAUAAUCUAAAUGCUGAAAUUCAUCUGCAUUUCUGCACUCACUCUUACAGAGAAGCAUCUGCUGUCUGUAUUUGGUAUUCUUUCUGAACACUGGUGUUUCGUAACAAUGCUGAAACCCUUUGAGAGAAAAAAAUCCAGUUCCUCAGUUAACUCUAUCCUCAAAAGACCUCGCUAGGCGGACAUUUUGAUGUUUGCAUGACAGCUAAUGACGACCCUGUCUGUCAGACUAUUGGGCCGGCGUGUACCAUUCCAGAGCUCUGGCACCAGCGCACAUAUAUGAGGUGUAGCCAUUAUAAGAACAAUGAGUAACAUGCCUGUAUUUGACAAGACAGAUUGUAACUUAAAGAAAGCUGUAUCAGUCAUAAUCCACCUGUAUAGUAUAAGAUACACAGCAAACAGGACGACUGUUUCUGCUCUUUCUCUUCAGAUUGCGAUAGCACCCUUGAGUUUGUAAUGGUUUUAGUAUUUGAGCAAUUACACUGGUGAUUGACAAGGUUUAAUGUGGUCAAUAUACUCGUGACAAAUACAUGACAGAGAAAUGAGAAUCCCAUAUUCACAAAUUAAUAAAGUUUUGUGGCAAAAAGUGCUUUAGAUGGUCAGAAAUAAACACGUAAAUGUUUUACAGAGCUGGAGAAAAAAAAAGAGCAGAGAAAUGGACUUAACUGCGAUUAGACAGUGAUAGUAAAUGAAUCCUCUUCUUAAUAGACGGAUAUGUAAUCUGUCCAUAAUAAUAAUAAUAAUAAUAAUAAUACAACUGUCUUGUCGGGGUCAUAAUGGCCUUGGUACAUUUGCCUACUGGUAUAAAGAUAAAACAUCACCCGUGAGAGUGGGGAAAUAAUCUAAUCCUGUCAGAAUCACCUUUUUUCCUCACUAAUAAAAUUAAUUUGGGUUAUUUCCAAUUUUCGAUUCUGAAAAAUGUUUUUGUUUUUUGUCCAAGUUAAUUUAAAUCUUAAAACGUUUCAAAGUCACUGAAAAUUUAGCAGCAGUAAGUUAAGCAUAAAUAAACGUCAGCCUUUGUCUUUGGUUUGCCUCUACGUUUCAAUUUUCAAAAUAAAAGCUGCUUUUUCCUGAGCACAUUUGACAAUGUUUUUAUAUUUUAUGUAAUGGACAGUCACUCAGCUGGCUGAUUUAUUUGUCCAUUUGUAAAAGUUAGAGAAUUUACCAUCAGUCAGGAAUCUGUCUAAGCUAAGAAUUAUUCAUGAUUGAAAAAUAACAUCAAAAUUAAAUCAAAUUGAAAGACUCAACCCCAAUCACCAGGAAGUAUUAAUAACAGGCGAGCAAAGAUUUAUUCGAAGAACCACCUUAAAUAAUAAUAAUAAUAAUAAUAAUAAUAAUAAUAAUAAUAAUAAUAAUAACUUUAUUUUUAUUGCACUUUAAAAAGAGUUUACAAAGUGCUUUAACAUGCAGGAAAACAAAGAAGAUAAAAACAUAACAAGAGAACACUUGGAAAUGUCACAUUACUGGCAAUAAAGAAAUAAACUGAAAUAAAAAUUGGUGGAAGACAUAAAAGCUUUGAUGAAUGUCACAUGAGCUGAGAGGUCAUUAAGACAUUAAAACAAAGACAUUAUAAGAGCCUGUGAUACCCAGCCAACACAGGAACCCAAUCACAGAAUAUCUGAGACCAAGGGGACUAUUAUAACACAUGAAUAAGAAACAUUAAAGGUUUCAAAGAAGACAAAACCACAUAAAAGCAAGUCGAUAAAAAUUAGUUUUAAGAUGUGAUUUAAAAGCAGUAACUGUUUCUAAUAAAAAAUUGAGACCAAAGUUGCAACAGCGAAAAAAAAAUUGAGAGGAAAAAAUAAAACCUUUACAGAAAAAAGUUGUAAAUUUAUCAAAUUCUCGCGUGUCUCUUGUCUUCCUCUUGCCUCUGACAAUUCUGGGUGAGGAAGUUGCUGCAUGUAAAACAGACAGUUUUUUCAUGCAGGUUGCCGGCUGUAUCGAUGGUUCUCCAUGUCAGACUCUGGGUUUAAUUUGGGCCUCGGGAAAUUUUCCACUGUUGGUUUUUCCACUCCAGGUGAUUCACUAGGAGGGUGGUUACUGUGUGUGCUGUAGGUGUGUGUACACGGGUGCGGAUCAGGGUUUUCCCCUCGCCCCUCGUAAGGUUACGGUGGUACGAGACGUGUUGAGUUUCCAGACAAUAUCAUGUUUUAGCAUCAACAUUGCUAUGUGCUCAUGUCACAGGGCAAAGUGAGGUAGAAGGUUAAUAAAGCCCACCGUGAUUUUAACUCCAAAUGUUUCCAUCUAAGAGCACAAAUAACUGUAUUCUUAAUUUCAGCAGGACUUUUACAUAUAAAUACACAUUUUAUUAACUUUAUCUGCCCAUUGAAGAAACUCAAAGCUUUCCUCCAAACUGCAAACACAUUCAUGACUGCCUUUUUUGUGCGAGCAUGUGUGUUUUGAUGGGACCAGGGGCUCGUUGUGUGUUUGAGCAGCUGUUUUAAUACAAAGCUAUAAGUCGUACAUUCAACAAGAGUUAAUCCAGUCUUGGUAGAGCUUGUGGGCUCAGCAGAACUGCUCUAUUGUCCUCUCUCAUUCCCCCUCUCUUUCCUCCUAUCUUUGUGCCACCAUGACAGAAAAAUCACAGCCGAAAACUAAACAGUUGGAUCCUCAGUGGCAAAGUAGCCAAAGAUCUUCCAUCCUCUGCAUUUCAAACAUGGUCCACGUUAGGGCUGGGCGAUAUAGCCUCAAAUCAAUAUCAGAAUAUAAUGAGCAGUUCACCUUGAUAACGAUAAAUGGACGAUAACUACUACAAACUAUUUAGGGACACUAAGUUUUGGAAUUAGCUUUGAGAAGUCAUCUUUCUUAGUGUCUAUGCAAACAUCAAUUUUCUUGUAACACAGGUGCUCAAGCAUUCUGCUGUAAUUUCCCAUGAAACACUGGGACACUUAGUAACCAACUGUGACUUUGGUGAUAAAAAGUGAUGCUGCACAUGGUACAGGUGUUAGCAGUGUCACUGGAACAUACUGUGAAAACAUUUUCAUCAAUAACGAUUUCUUUCCUUUGUGUGGGAUCUAACCUGUCUGUAGCUCAGGCGUGCACAGUAAUGUGUACUGAGAAUAAACCGACUCGUGGACCAGCUGCAAGUCAGUGGAAAAAAUCCUUCAGGGUGCUGAGCUCUUCUUUUGCCAUUUUCCAUCUCAGUGUGCGAUUGAUUCUGACUGUGUAAUCUCAUUUUCACUUAUUAUAGUGUCCAGCAGAGCUUGAAGAAAAACCUUUUUUAAAUCCGUUGUCACUUUAUCACAAAAUUAGAAAUCCUCAGCUUUGUCUUAUUUGAUCUCAUCUGCUUUUUAUGUCAAUAUAGAUUCAGUCAAGGGUAUCAUCUUUCAAUAAAGGUUGGGUUAUGUUUAGGGUUUGUCAAAGGCGACACAAGAACAGAUAAAACAUGAUAUGAGAAACAGCAGAGAAGGAUUUGAGUGAGUCACUGACCAAUUUUGGUGUGUUACCCUCGUCUGUGUUAAAUUUGCCGAGCCAGGUGACCGCUGACAGCUCCGCUCAUCUGAUUUCAUUUAGGAGAGACACACUUUGACACUGCGGUCUCACACAUGUCCAACUGAGUGUAAAUAGAUUGACUAUUGUGUGGUGAUGAGUAAAAGAGUUGUCUUCUCCAUUCUGCAGCUGAGAAUGGAUAGUUUAGUGGAACAGUUACACACAAAGAGACACACGCUCACUUAUGUACACACUCUUUUCGUCACCAGCAGCAGACAGAGGUCUGCAGACACAGACAGGAAAAUGAAGAAACCUAUAGAUGUGUGCACACACAGUAUUUAGUCAUAUAGGCAUGGUGAGGAAGAGAUGUGGUCACUGACCUACAUGUGUUUAUGUCUCAUUGGAUUAAUCACAACACAGGCAGACUGACUGGCAACAUCUGUGUGUGUGUUUUUGUCUGAAAAGAGUCAAAAGUUUCCCUCUUUGAAAUCUAAAGCCCUUUAAAACAUAUUGUAAGUCUUCUUUACCAAAACAAAAUGAAUGAAAGCAAACUUAAUGCUGAUUGGUUCGCACACUAUUUCCUGUUUUUGUCUUUUCUACAUUUAUUUGUCUGGGUUUUGUAACGGAGGUGAAAGCUGGUUGAUCACAAAGCUUAAAUAUUAAAAAUGGUAAAAGAUCAGCUGAGAUCUUCUUUCUUAUUUUAUUUUAUGUAGGUUUUUAAGGUUGCCGUUAUAAAACGCUUAUACAGUUAACAAAUUUUUUUAUUAAAAUUGUUUGCUGAAUUAGAUCUGAAUUUUACUAAUCUUUAAGUUGACCCAAUGAUCCAUCAGUAUGUUUUCUCUGAAGAAAUGGCGCCAUUCUUGUUAAACUAUCCUCUUUUUUUAAAUUCUAUUAUUAAAUUUUUUACUUUUAAUUUUUAUAUUAUCUCUUUGUGAAGCACUUUGUGACCUCACUGUUCUUGAAAGGUGCUAUGUAAAUAAACUUAUUAUGAACUUGCCUGAACUUAUAUGGAGCUUGACAGUAAGGGUCAAAUGUUUAAUUUUGAGAUUUGAAUUUCAUGUCAAAUAAACACUACCCAACACUACUAAUAAGAAGCAUAUCCUAAAAUGCUUAGCACUCUGCACAGCUGGAAAAAUCUGUUAAGUUAAAGAGAAACCCCACCAACUAAACAUUUCACAUGAAAUGUAACUUUUUUAAAUCCAGGAUAGUACAAGAGGAGGAGGCACUCUUAUAGGACAGUUAUGCAGUUACUAUUGAGACUGCUGAAUGAUUUACAACACCUUCUAUCUGAUGACCAAAACACACAACUAACUAACCAAUUAAUUCGUACGAUCCCUCUGGUUGGUGAGGUACACAGCAGAACAGAAUAUUAUACUGGUUUAUACAUCCUCAGCUAGGUCUCAUUUUUAACUCAAACAGGAUUUCCUGGUUAAAUAAAUAUUCAUUAAUUUCUAAACUGGAACCAAGCUGAUGACGUGAAAGCUGAUGACCACUGUAAACAAAGGACACUUAUUUAUCCAGUCCAGUUUAGCCAGUCUGUCCUGCGGAUUUGUUUCACUUCCUCCUACUUUACUGUAAAAGCUUGGCAAAUCCAGUAAGGUCACUCUGUUUUACAUGAGUGUUUAUUUCACAUUUUUUACACAUUCAGGUGGAAUUGUUUGUCUGUGAUGAUUAACCAGAGCAAAUUAAACCCUUGUUAUCUAAAUAAACCAGUUACAGUGGAUACAUUGUCAAACUGAGGAUGAAAUUUUGUGUUAAGUUGACAAUUCUGUCUGAUGUGAGGGAACUACAGAGCGAGCGUAGGAGGGAACUGCGAGAUGAACAUCAUUGUUGUCAGAAAAACAUUUGAGUCACAAAUAUUUGUGGUAUCGGCCACACACUCGGCUCAUAAAGGGAGCCUGACAGAUCUGUGCAAAAACAUGUUUCUCAUAUUGAGCAUCAAAAGGUCUGCUGGUGACAUGUGCUUUUUAUGACCUGAGUAAGUCACAGGAGGUCAAAAAAAUUACUAUUAUUGUAACAUGGUACAAAACACUUUUACUACACACCAGCAAGUCGGUUUGUGAUUCAUGAGUGAUGCAAUUCAACACUUUGUUCUGUCUUCAUGAAAAAGACCACAGAGAAAAUUUUACUUUGGGACUGAAUAUUCAUGAGAAACAAAUGUUAAAAGGGUUACAGUUAAAGGGAUAUUCCGGCGUAAAUUUAUGUUAUGGUCAAAAACACUGUGAAACCGAGUUAGAAACCCCCUCGAGAGAUGAAUGUUACCAACUGCUUGCUUCUCUAGUGAUACCAACUUCAGCAACGACCACAUGAUAGCAAUAUACAGCGGCUAGUACAGCCAUAGCAUGGAUCCAUAGACCGCUGUGUAUUGCUAUCGUGCGGUUGUUACUAAAGUUGGUAUAACUAGAGAAGCAAGUGGUCAGCAACAUUCAUCUCUCGUGUCUAGAGAUGUCUAACUCGGUGUUAUGGUGUGUUCCGUGAUUCCGGAAUAUCCCUUUAAGAUCUAUUUAAGAUACUUACCAUUAAAAUACAGAGCUGUGUAUCAUCUGACUUGAGUCUAUUAUGACACUGAUAAUUCCUUUUAUUAACCCGUCAAACAUCUUUUUAGCUUUGCCUGGUUUCUUUAGCAAAGAGUGCAGAGUGCAGCGGAGUUUCACAGCUCAAGGAAGAACAUUUAUGAUUAUUAAUUCAUGGAAAUGCAAUCAGACCGAGACACUAAGGCAGAAGAACAACCUUGUCUGCAGUGCAAAAUGAUUAAUAUGAUGACUGUUACUUUAAGAAAAAUGAUCUGCUGCACUCGGUGAUCAACUUGUCAGGGCUUUCCCACAAACAAGCGGCUGCUGGAAGAGAGUGGGUAAGUUGUGUUUGUUCUCUUUUCUUAAGAAAUCAGGCAAAGCUAAAAAGAUCGUUACGUCUUUACUAAAGUUGGUAUAACUCGAGAAGCAAGCGGUUGGCAACAUUCAUCCCUCAAGGGGGUGUCUAUAACUCUGUGUUACAGUGUGUUUGACCAUAAGUUAAAUUUACGUCGGAAUAUCCCUUUAAGAUUUGAGUGUCUCUGCUAUAUGUACUCUACAAGCAUGUUCGUAGACCUUAAAUCACUAUAAUAUUGUACAAGAAGCACAUCAGAGAGCAUGAUUUUCUAACAACUCUUCGCUCUCCUUCCUCUCUGUUUCCAGGCCUCUGAACUCUCUGAACAUUUAAACGGACAGGACUCCCACACCGCCGCCCACGCUCGGAGCAGCAGUCGCAGCGGCAGCCACGGGAGAACCACUCAUUCACACACCUACAGACACCCCAGCUCCACCUCCUCCUCCACCCAGCAGACACAGAGCAAGCCCUCACCUCAGCAUCCUCAGCGGGUUCAAGCGCAGUCCCAGGCCCCCGACAGCGAAGUCCCCGCUGCUCUCGCCAGCACCCUGGAACACAUCAUAGGUCAACUGGAUAUUCUCACUCGGGUAAGCAGAGCAUGUGUUAAUCUUUCAUGACAAGCAGCAUGCAUUGUGCUCUCACUGAGCCUCCCACUCGCACUGUUCAGAACAAACGCUUCCUUUACUUUCUACCUGUUCGCCAGAGGUUAUUUCAGUAUCCCUGUAACGAAAAUAUUUUGAGAGAAAAACCUCUUCAGCGCUGGCUGGUUCUGCAAAAGAAUAUUGCAGUGACUCUGCAUAUGAGUGUGCGCCUGUUGGGGUUGGCAUCCCUGGCAUUCAUUGUAAUAUUUCAAUAUUUAACUGGCAAUCGUCCUCUGCAGAAAACACCUGGGACUCCUUCCCAGCAAAAGCUACAUUCCUCUUACAUUUUUGGAAAUAUAAUUAAAAUGCUUCAUGCAACAGAAAUCGAAUUUUACACCCAGCUGUGUGUGCAGGAAAUAUGAAGGAAAAUCUGGCAAAAAGACCAAAAACUAUUCAACUCUUUUUCUGUACCUCUUUAUGUACCGUAUGUUCUGUUAUAAAACAAGUGAUCUGCAUGGAAACAAGGUCUGUUCUUGAUACAAUGUUCUGAAACCACCCAAAACUGAAGUACUCCAGAAUGAGAUUGGCAGUAACCAGCUGCAGUACAAGAAGGUUCAUAUUCACCAUGAGUUGUAGCUCCUCGGGCAAUGCAUUAAUAGGAGGGAUGGACGAAGAACCUCUCUCUUACUUGCAACAGAGCAUGUGUCAGGUAACACAAAGUGCAGAGAGGGAUGACCUUAUACAAGUUUAAUUGAAAAAAGUAAAAGCAGUAAGUAGUUAUACUUGAGUGGCCAAAAAAUACUUAAAAGCCACUCUAUAGUCACAAAUAAUGCUCAGAACAGCACCUAGCUUCAUCAACAGUUCAUAAAGGGUCCCAGCCAUAGUACUAGCCAUUAAACAUCUUUUAAGCUUUGCCUGAUUUCUUUAGCAAAGAGACUAAACACAACUCACCCACUCUCCUCCAGCAGCCACUUGGUGUGGGGACACCCGGCACGAGUCGAUCACCAAGUGCAGCAAAAUAUUUAUGAUAACUACUUCAUGGAAACGCAAUCAGACCGAGACGCUAAGGCAGAAGAACUACCACAUCUGCAGUGCACAUACAAGAUACACAAGAACUCUGAUUGCAUUUCCAUGAAGUAAUAAUCAUAAAUGUUCUUCCUUGAGCUGCGAAACUCCGCUGUACUUGGUGAUCAACUCAUUAGGGCUCCCCCACAAACAUGUGGCUGCUGGAGGAGAGAGGGUGAAUUGUGUUUAGUCUCUUUUCUAAAGAAUCCAGGCAAAGCUAAAAAGAUGUUUGGUGGCUAGUAAUAUGGCUGUAGGCUACUUGCUGCUGUGCAUUGUUAUCAUGCGGCCAUGACUAAAGUUUAUAACUAGAGAAGCUAGCAGUCAGCAACAUUCAUCUCUUGAGGGGUGUCUAACUCUGUGUUUGACCAUAACUUAAAUUUACACCAGAAUAUCCCUUUGAAGAGUAAGCACAACAGUAAUGAAGCUGAUGUUCGCCUUUGCAUUUAUUCACUCUAACCAGCAGCGGUUGGUCUGCCAGAGAGAGCAGGCAGAAGCAGUGCAUUGUUUUCUCAGCCCUCCUCUGCUGAGUUUUCAAGUAAAUAGUUUUUUAUGAGCAAACAAACAAAGAGAAGAUCAAUGUCUACAUGAUGAUGACAGAUCCGAAGAAAAAGAAACAAAUUUGUCAUCCAGAUGAAGACAAACAGCAAAAACCAUCAGUGGGGAUGCUGUUUGGACCCUCCUGGGGGAGUCUAAAUACAGAGCUGAUGUUGUUUCUUUCUGUCAGUGGUGCCACAAAAGUGGAUGAUUGAGAUCUUCAGGGUUUUUAGUCUGAGUUGCUUUAGUUUGGGGCACAUUAUUUUUCCCUACGUAGUUAUAAUCAUUACCCAAUGGUUCCCCAAGUUUUUCCAACAUGUUACAGUGUGAGGCUGAACUCCUUUUAAUCUUCAUGAGACAAACAUUUACUGUAAAGCACAAGCUAUAUAUAUCUGUCUAUAAAAUAAAUACAUGUAUACACUGUGCUUGCUCUGUUAGGUUCGACUACCCUCAGUGCGAGUACUCCUGUAGCUCUUCAAGGCCAGACACAGUUUUCAAGCCAGACCUCAAGACUGAUUAGAACUAAAAAUAGCUUCUUAAACAGAAACAGAGGAGCAGCCAUCAGCUUACGACGCUCGUAUCUGCUUCUUAUCAAUUAAUGUCAAAAUUUGUAUUUGUUUUUAUUAGAUGUGAUCAGUGAGAUGUGAAACUGAGAGACCUGUGAGAGAAAGCUGUUGUUUGUUCAGUGGCUCUGCUGUCUGUCCACGAAAAGUGUAAAAAAUUUAAGGAGGCAGCAGCUAAACUUCGACUGAUCAACCCAGUAAACCCAUCGAUUUUUACUUUUUUCCUCGGUGUUGUCAUUAAAAACUUUCUGCAGAAAACUAAAAAAAAUAAAAAAAUAAAAAUCUCUUCACUUCAUAGAAAGGCUUUUAUCUGGAAACAUCUGCAGCUGUGGAUGUCUAAUGCUGGAAACAAUUACCCAUUAGUUUUAAGCUCAAUGCAUUUCCUGUAUAAUCACAUUGAACCUUUAUCUCUAAUGUCAGUCCAAAUGAGGCUCAACGACUCAUUUGGACUGGUAUUUACAGGCAUGCAUUUGCUGCACAUGUUCUUAAUAUUUGAUUGAUCUUUUUAAAAAAUAAAAAAGGAAUCAAUUGUACUGACAUAUUUUUGAAGUUUCACCCAAACCAGACUGUGCUUUCGGCAUCUUAGAUCCCUGUUUUCCUUUUACUAUACCCCAACAGCUUGUUGGACUAAUUUGAUUCAAACAGAAAACAUGAGAAACACUUCAGGUCGGAGGUAUUUUUGUUUUGUUGUGUUAAAGAGCAUCUUACUGGGGGAUACCUCCAGAGGGCACACCAGGGAGUGAGGACAUGUGCAAGUAGCAGAUUUGUAGGAUAAAAACACAAGACAUAGAAGAACCACAAAUCACAGAGGUAACUAUUACGUGAACACGGGGUUUUAGUGGCCAAAAUUUCCUGAGCCACCUCAAGGACCUGAUGACUGAUGGACAGACCACAUCUUUAGCACCGCAUGCAACUCUGUGUUUGCAAUAUUUUACUCUGUGCUCAGACUCCACAGUCCUGCACUUGUUUUCUUUUACAGGUUGAAGUCGUCUCUUGCCACUUAUUUCAACAGGAAAUUUUAUUGCUACGCAGUGGCAAUGACACAUUAUACAGAUGCUGCCAUGUUUGACGGUCACUUCCCCUCUGCCUUGAAACUGCUCUGAACAGCCAUGUGCAUUCUGCGUCUUGCAACAGCCAACACUCCAAUGCAGUAAAUGAUGGGUGUGCAUUAGGACUGACCGUGAUUAAUGAUCACAAUAAAUUUCAGUUUGAUCCCGUGAUCAGCUGUGAGCAUAAUUAGCAAUGUUAGCCAUGACUUUGAGUCAUCCUCUGAAGAUGCCACUGUUGAGAACAAAAGUUACUCAACGUCGUUUGCGCGACGAUUGUUCGAGUAUCUCCAAAGUGACGUUGAGUUAAAAUGGUUUUUAUAUUUGUCUAUGUUUAUCUUAUUCAAUUUGCUUUAUUUACUUUGUAUGUUAAUAAAAUGUUGAACUAAUCUCUAGUUCUUUAGUUUCUAGUACAGAUGCUUUAAAACUGGCAGUUUAAAAAAUACAAAAAAAAUGUGAUAAUCAGACAAUAUGACAAAAUAUAUCAUAAUCAUGUUUUAUUGCCAAAUUGCCCAAUCCUAUAUGCACAUUUUGCCCUUGCAAUCUGCUCCGUCUCAAAAUCCAAACCACGAAGCAUAAAGCCAGAAAUGCAAACAAAGUUCUGCAUCUGUGCAGCUUGCUCCAAGUAUGUGUCUCGUUGUAAUUAAAAUGAGCUGUAAGCAUCUCCUCCUUUUGCUUUCUGUACGCAGUGCUGCACUGUGGGCUCUUAGACAGCACCAGAUUGACUUAAUCCUUGAUUCAUAUGUAAAUACUUACUUUAAAAUAACAUCACUGGACCAAUCGUUAACUUCUAAACCAGUCGUAAAAGUACUUCUAGGUCACUUACAGGUGGAACUGUUGAUCUGAUCACUGAGUAGUUUCAUGGCUCAUUUGUGAAUCAGACUCAGUGAGAGAAAAGAGGUAGUGUAUAAUUUUAAACCCUCAGUCUGAUCGUCUUAAAUUAGUAGAGGCUGUUAGAGUGGAUAAUGCUUGUGGUGCGACAAACGGUAAAGGCCUUGGACACACACGGCAUCCACAGAAAAGGAGAAGAGUAAAGAGUGUGUUUUUCCUGGUGUAACAGAAGAAUUUAUUCAGUGUGACAAUUGAACUCAGGAACACGGUUUAAGGCUAGAAAAGAAAGAGAUGAGAGAAACACGAGCACCCUGGAGAGAUCAAGAGAGGUGAAGAGGAUGAGGAGCAGAAACAGAAGGACAGAGAGAUAGGGGAGGGGGAGCUGAAUGAAAAAAGAGGAGAGGGAGCGUGAAGACUCGGUGUGUAUAUGUGUGUGUGUGCAUGAGUGUGUGUGUUUGUGUGUGCAAGGUUUUAGCUGGAGGUGGUGAAUGUGUCCCGAGAAGAAUACAUCAUUCAUAUAUGAGCGCUGGCAGCACUCUGCCUCACUCACUGAUAGUAAGUGUAAAUGCUUAAUGGCUGUGCAGAGGGUCAAAACACUUUUUGUAUGUAAGUGUGUGCGUGUGUGUGUGUGUGUUUUCUGAAUGUUUGUUCUUGGCUUGUAUCCUUUCUUUCUCCUCUCUUUCUUUCUUUCUUUCUUUCCCUUUUUUUCCUUUCAAGUUGCAGUCCAGCAUGUGGGAGCAUUUAGUUUUGGCCCAUGGCAGCCAGGCAGCUCGCUAACCCCUCCUUAAGGGGGCGGUGCCAAACUCUACUCCUUUACCUGGACCCUGAUGCCAGAUGGAUGCAUAUCUAGUUUAACCCUUAGACUCUUUUGUUGAAAAUUUGUUUGGUUUUAACCCAUUAAAACCUGAAAUUUGAGGACUUUUAUUCUCGGAUAAGCAGCUGGUAGGAGGUUCUGGUGCUCUAUGUAAACUUAUCAGUAUAUUCUUCUGCCUCUUCUUGAAAAAAGCAUUGUAAAAGCAGUGUUUUCUCCCUGUGGCUUUGUGACUUCAAGUUGCGUCAGUUUAGUAGGGGCCAUUGCUGGUACACCUCGUUAGGCUUGUAUCUUGUGUGUUUUUUAAUAAGCUUUUUUAUAGAGCUGUCUUAACAAAGACACCAUGUUUGAGACUUGUGUUUUACAACUCAUUAAAUAAACCAAUAAAACUGAAAACACACAUAAAAUAAACAAGGAAAAAGGCAAAGAUGAAAUGAAUGUUGAUUUUGAAGGUUUAUAUUUGGAGUCGAGAGCCCCGGUCUUCUGGAAAUUCUAAAAAGUCGUUUUUUUAUCCAUGUUUAGUUUUUUUUUUAUACAUCCACGCAUGGUGCAUUUCACUGCUCUGCUACUGGCUUUGUAUCAGCCCAAUGAACUACAGAUGGUGGUAAUGAGGAAAUCUGUCAUGAUGUUUAAAAUAAUCCAUUUUUGCUUCUCACAGAAAUAUCAGUCAUUUUCUGAAAUCUAUAAUGUAACCUAGUUUGUGAGAAUUUUUGUCCAGUUCAUUAAAAAUUCGGCUACAACAUGUUACCGGCAAAGAUAAUCACAUUUAUUAAGUUUAUUUGCGCUUGAAACGGUGGAAAAUUUACUUUCUUUUUUGUAUUCUAACCACAUUAUUCAAUUCAAAUUUGUUUCUUUUUUAUAUUAUUAAAGAUGGCAGGACAGAAUCCAAAAAAUCUGUUGUGGCAAUAUUUUAUUGAGCCAGAUAUUUUUCAGUUUUAUCGAUUUAUUAAAAUGUUCAUGAAGCUCAGCUCUUUUUUUCUUACAAAAAACAAACAAACACUGAAAGAUCAGCAAUGUAUAUCGACCAUCGGCCAGCCCACUUAUUAUCAGGAUCAGCUGUUAAAAAAACUGUAACUGGUUGACUACUAACUGGUAUUAUUUUAUUCUAUUGUAGCUUAUUUAUUAAUGCUGUUACCCAUCAGUUUAUUGCUUAAUGGGUUUUUUGCACUUUGUUUUGCACUGAAUUACUUAGUAGUGAAACAUUAAACCAAUUAGGAAGGGAAAUGACUAAAAACAAAUGAACGUCAAAAAUGCGGAAACAGCGAGUUGGUUUGUGGCACCAACCUCAUGACCUUUGAACUGUAUUAGAAACUGCUACCAGGGGGAUUGUACCGUCUAGCCAAGCUACAACCAACGUUUCACUCAACACUCAUCCAUGUUUGUUUACUCUGAAGUCAUGUUGGACCUCUAGAGGUGUUGCAAGAUUUCCACUUUUGAGGGUUGGGACUCUGGUCUCUGAUUGAUAUAUCUUUAAAUAUGCUAUUGUGAACAUCUGUUAAUAUUUGAAGUGAAGAUGAGCCAGGCUUCAUAUGUGCACAGGAAAAGAUAAGAAAAUACAUAAAAGGUGCUGUUAAAUCCAAAGGGGCAGCAGAAUGGUCAGGAAACAAAUAUUCCUGAUAGGAGCUCCAGUACAUUAAGACCUCCUCUGGUUUUUGUGAUCAGCUUUGAAUACUAAUGCUGUGUCAGUGUCAGAACAAGAAAAUUAAAUUUCCAGCUGAGGUGCAAAAUAAGAAAAUUGGAACCGAACACCAAAGCUCCCCAGUGAAUCAUAAAAGCUAACCUGUGUAGAGGCUUUCAUGAAAGUCAGUAAAAACGCUUCAGAUCGCCCCGCAGUGCAGGCUCCGACAUGCUUCACCCACUCAGAUGUUUACACGGGCAGAUCAGUGACCUGCACCUCAUAUGCUGCUCCAUCCAAGUUUUGAAGCAGCAGUUUCUAUAGAGCAAAGUGUCGUACAUGUUAGCUGUAUAAUGUGCUAAAAAAACAGUUCUGAGCACAACUUUCAGACGUGUAUAAAUUACAGAAUCAAGUAAGCUGUGGGUUUUCUGCCACUUAUUCACACUCAUGAUUGCAGCAGUUUACGUACAAAAUGCACUCCUAUUGAUUUAAAACACAAAAAGUGUGAGUAAAAAGAAUUCAAAACACUUUCUGUUCGACUUGAAGUAACAUUACAUUUUAAAUCACUGCCGCCCAUUCACUGGAGAUAAACCUGGCGAAGCAACAUUAUUUAUUCCUUCACUAUAUCCCGGCUCCUUCGUACAUCUUUCCCUCAGUAUUAUUUUUCACCAUUACAGCUCUUUGUAACUCUAAUAGUGGAGGAGACUGAGAGAGAGAAUGAUGAAUAAUUCAACAUCAGACCAAAGCUUCCAAAGCCACAGUUUGCUGUGUUAGCUGCUUUCACUUGUCUCCCCCCCUUUCUCCCUCCUCUUACCCCCUCUCCUCUCCUCUCCUUCUGUCUUCUAAUUCAUCGCUCUUACAUGUCCUCUUACACUUUGUGUCUGCAACACUUGCACUCGUCCCCUUCUCUCACACUCCCCCCUUUUUAAUCAAAGCAAAUCUUAAUGAAGAAUUUUAAGCUAAAGUGCAGUCGCCCCCUCUCUUCCUCAAUAGAUCACCGGACAGAGCUGUACUUGAAAAGAUUUUCUGAGUUUCUCUAAGAUGUUCCUCACAGGGGAACAUUCUGUAACAAGCUAUCAUUUAUAACCUCUUCUUCAUCUGGAACGAAACCUUUCCUCCUCUGUGAUUCCCCUCCAGAGUAGUAAGCCACAGUCGAGCCUCUUUUUUUACUGUGUUCAUCAGAUCUGAUAUGCAAAGAAACGAGCGAGUCCACCGAAUUCAGAUUCCUGUAAAAACAGCUUUAAGUGGAGCUGCAAGGAACACAAGCAGAAAGUGAAAGAGAGAUCGCACUGUUCUUCCCUCUCACUUGUUCCUCAGAAAAGAUCUAAACUUUGAUUAAAACUGAGGUUUUGAACUUUUGGAAACCCCUUAUCUUCUCCCUGAUCAGUUGUUUUUUCCAAGUAUAGUUAAGUUUCCCUCUGUGGAGUUUGAGAUAUUAGAGAAUCAGACGCAGUCUCUGAUUUAUGGGCUCGGCUAGAAGAGCUCCUAAAGAAUGAAACCAUUUCUCAGAGAAUGACGCCCAUGGAGCCGAUGAAGUUCCUCUCAGAGCGGUACUGAAAGUGAAAUUAAAAAAUCCCACAGAUUAGUGACAAUAAUUCAGAGAACCUCAGCGACUCAUAAUACCAACGUUUUAUUUAUCUCACAUACUGUUGGGAAAUGCUUUGUAUUGUCUGGAAAGCUGAAAUAAUUUGAGGAAGCGAUACCUUGGGUAUUUUCUUGUUUUGAAACAUCACAAAUAUGUUGGCAACAGUCAGUCAAUCAGAAAAUAAAAAAGAACUAAGGACAGUUUUUGCUUGUUGCAGUUAGAUGUAUUGAUAUUUAAGAGGCUAUAAUAACACCCUGACAUCAUAAGUUCAAAUCGAUUGACAGUUUCUUGUUAGAAAACCUUCACUAGGUGCCGAUUACCUCGUUGAACCCCCACAUUACAAGAGCAGAUUGAUGUUAUAAUAUAAUACACAUCUCUGGACUGAGUGGCCAGAACAGAUUUUGUAGGAGUGAUCAAGCAAACUUCAUUAACUUUGUUUUUUUAAUUUUCCUUCCUUGAGUUCUUCCCUAAUAUCCUUUUAAUCACUCCUGUGUAGACUCCUAAUCUCUCUUUAAUUGAACUUUGUACUAAUUAUCCGGGAAAAGGAAGAGUGCAUAGGGAAUGUAAUUCCAGUAUCAGCUCUGUUGUGUAUAACAGGCUGUUCAAAAACAAAACAAAAAAACCUAGAAUUUUUAAGCAAAAAAACACGACAAGUGACCAAAAGUGACCAUGCUUAUAUCAUGCCAGCACAUUAGUAGUGCUGGGCGAUAGGACGAUAGAUAUCGUGGGCACGAUAGAAAAUGUCUAUCGUGCCAUUUUUAUUUUUAUCGUUUCGGGCGAUAGGCUGUAUUUUAUCCAUAGGGCUUGUGCCAUCAGAUGAUUCAUAGUAACAACAACAAUAAUUGCACAUUCAGUAAGUGUUUUUGGUGUCGAACGGGAAAGAAAACAAUAUUUUCUUACAAAGAAAAGGAUGCGUUGACAUGUAGGCUUGCAUUUCUCUUUCGAUUUUGCAACAUGACGCCGCUUUACGUGCCCUCUUUGUGUCCAGCGUCUCCCGCCAUUGCGGGUUACCUGAGUUACACACGUGAGGGGAUAAUUGUAAGCAGUGCUUAAUUUGUGCCGGAGCAAGUCGGAGCGCGAUCCGGGACCUCUUUUGAUCGGAUCCGGGACCUUUUUCAGCCGUUCCGGCACCUGUUUCAUCUGCUCCGGGACCUUCCCUGUAGAGGAUGACAUUUUUCGGGAAUUCCCGUGGGUCACGUGAUUCCCGCGGGAAUCCCACGGGAUGGGAGUCAUUUUUUAAUUAAUCCCUUGAUCGGGACGGGACGGGAAAAAAGCAACGGGAGUGGGCAGGAGCGGGAACAACAUUAAAAGAUGAUCAUUUUCAGCCGUGUUUAACAACCAGAUGAACAGGUGCGCCAACACUCUUGACCGCGCUAGCAACACAAAAGAACUACAACAGUGGUUUGACUUCCUGUCAGCUGGGAGCGCGGCUGCGCAUUUGUACCCUUCAAGCCAGCAGCGAGGAAACGUAAUUUUGUGACAUUCUGUAGUUUUUCAAUCAUUUCUGGAGUCGUGGCGAAUCAAAUCACCUUACCUGUCUGCUCCUGAUAGGCGAAUAAAGCGCUCGGAUUCAUGCUCGGGUCUUGCUACGUGCUUCAAGAGUAAAGUAAACAAUGAUGGAGGCAGAGAGCAGCUUUGGAGGAGAAACAUCUAGCAGUGUGAACAACCUCUUCAAAAGAGCCCUAAAGACCUACCUUUUUAAUAAAGCCUUUGGUUAGUUUUCCUCUAUGCUUUAUGCUUUUACUACCUUGCCUCUUACAUUGCAACUCUAUAUUUUUUAUUUUUUUUAAUUCUUUUGUUAUGCCAAUCUGUGACUGUCAUUCUAUUGCUUAUUUUAUUGUUGCUGCUCUUAUUUACUGUGUACUGUAGCACUUUGAGAUUUUUUGUAAAUGUAAAGUGCAUUACAAAUUAAAUUUAUUAUUAUUAUUAUUAAGGAGUGCUUUGGCUCACACUAUCGGCGUUUUCUGUGAGUGUUGCAUAACUUUGGGUGAGCACAGACAUGAACGCACUUCAGCCACAUAUUUAUUCAUUUUUCUAAUUUUAAGUGCUGGUCUUGUACUGGUACUGUACUAGUGCAGCUGUAUACACUUAAAUUUUUCAUAGAACUGAAAGCAUACCAUAGCUAUAUCGUGAUAUAUAUCGUUAUCGUGAUAUAAAAUGAUCCAUAUCGUGAUAUACAUUUUUUUCCAUAUCGCCCAGCACUACACAUUAGCAUUAGCAUAUUGAAGCUACACUGCGGCUUUGGCUGAUGAUCAACACUGUUUGUCUGAAAACUGCAGCAGUGUUGGUUCUGGACACUUAUUUAGGACUGAAACGUAGAGCUUAAUGAUUAAUAAUAUUUUAACCACUAAUUUUGAUUUUGGAUGAUAAUCAAGACUGAACAAUUACGGUGCCACCUGCUGUGUUGCCCCCAUGGUGUUACCCUCAUACCUGUCAAGUUUUGGUUUGGAAAAUAAGGGAAAUUUUCCGAAUGUCAAAUCACGAUCUUUCAUAAUUAUAAUUAUAUUGUCAUUUAAAUGCUUUCGUUUGAUUAUCUACCAACGACUGUCUCGCUGAUACUGUGUUUGUCAAACUGGUAACAUUUAUUACCUCAUACUUACAGACUUAGGCCCAAUUUCCACUGCAUCCUGAACGGCUACGAAAAAGGCAAUAUCUGCUGAUCGUAGCUGGUCGUAAACAUUCAAGUUAAAGGGAUAUUCCAGUUUAAAAUUAAUUUAGGGUCAUACACACUGUAACACCAAGUUAGACACCCCCUCGAGAGAUGAAUGUUGCAGACUUCUUGCUUCUCUAGUUAUACCAACUUUAGUAACAACCGCACGAUAGCAAUACACAGCGGUCUGAGGAGCCAUAAACAAACCUUUACCGAAACGCCACUCAAAUAAUGCUCAGAACAGCACCUAACCUUAUCAACAGUACAUAUAGGGUCCCCACCACAGCACUAGCCAUCAAACAUCUUUCUAACUUUGCCUAAUUUCUUUAGCAAAGAGACUAAACACCAACUCACCUACUCUUUUCCAGCAGCGAGACCUCAGGCCAGUCCAUUAUGGACUGCAGCUCAAAGAAGAACAUUUAUGAUCAUUUCUUUAUCAUUUCCGUGAAGUAAAAAUCAUCAUAUUAAUCAUUUUGCACUGCAGACACAGUAGUUCUUCUGCCUUAGCGUCACGGUCUGGUUGCAUUUCUCUGUUUCACUCCUUAUCUGUAACUUAACUUUAUUACUGGGGAUGCUACAAAGCUACCAGUUUUUACACGUUGGAAGUACAGCAUCAUAAUAACACAGCAGCAGCUGAUAACAUCUACCGAGCUGCUGCAAGCUUAGACACAACACAUGACAAAUAUCAAUACUGAGUUUAUAGGACAGCUGGUGAGGGUCUACAUGCUGAAUCUAAAUGCUGAGUGUGCGUCCGUGCUUCUUUUCAAAACAGAGUAAAAUGAGCUCCUGUCUCUGAAAUCUUUGCAUCUAAACGACAGGGUGCUGAACAGAUUUCCCUUCACUCAUAUUUAUUGAUUUUUCCUUUCACCCUACACCAUACAGUGGAGAAAAAAAAACAUGAUUCAGUUCCCGGUAGGUGGUCCAACAUGUUAGACGGAUGGUGUAAAGCUUUAACCAUGAAUACAUCACAUGGCUUUAAAUCAGCUUCAGUGUUUAGCGCACAUAAACAGAGUCAUUUUCGAACCUGAAACACCACGUGCAGCACGCACACAACCUGGCAGUCCAGCUGUGUUUGGUAAUUGGCUGUGUGUGACCCCACGGUGCCACACAAACAAACAGAUACACACAACCAGGCAUGAAUAAUUAAACACGUAAUGAUGAAGGAAUUCAGUGAGAUUGUUGAAAAUCUCACACUCCAACACACACAGCGUACGCACGCACACACGCCACGGAGUUCAACUGUGAGUGGGCGAGUGGUGUUUUCUUUUGGGUCAUCAGACUAGAUAACAUCUCCUGCUUUUUCAUGCAUCAUGGGAGAGAAGAGGGCUUGUGUUUCCUCUUUCUCUCCCUUUCUCUGCCUGUCUCCAUUUUCUAGAUCAAUACCGCUCUGUUUAUCUUACCAACCUGAUACGGCGACCUGCUCCUCAGUCCAGCAAGCUGUUGGUGUGUGUGUGUGUGUGUGUGUGUGUGUGUGUGUGUGUGUGUGUGUGUGUGUGUGUGUGUGUGUGUGUGUGUGUGUGUGUGUGUGUGUGUGUGUGUGUGUGAUCAUGCACGUGUCCCCAGGCAGCAGCAACAUUAUACGGCCAUAUAGUUUUCAUCUAGAGUAGAAACCAAAUCUUUACGCUCCUAAAAAUAGAGGGAGCUGUGUUUCUUUUCUCUCUAAAACACAUUAUACUCUGCAUCGCCCUGAGCGGAGCGGGUCUCAUAGCUCUGGUAUGACCCGAGCCUGAAAGUCAAAGCAAGAAAGAGUCAGAUCUUUACUUUCAAUGUUGCUAACCGACGUGUGCUGAGAGAUAUUUCACUGCUAGAACGAAGAAAUGGAGAAGACGAGUGAGAACAAUUGACGAUAGAUAUUGAGAAUUUUUUAAAGCGAUGACAAAAGCUUGUCUGUCUAACUGGGUGACAUAAAAAGUCAUAUGUACUACAAUUUAAAGGGAUAUUCCGGCGUAAAAUUAAUUUAGGGUCAAACACACCCCCUCGAGAGAUGAAUGUUGCAGACCGCUUGCUUCUCUAGUUACACCAACUUUAGUAACAACUGCACGAUAGCAAAACACAGCCGUCUGAGGAGCCAUAAACAAACCUUUACCAAAAAGCCACUCUAUAGCCACAAAUAAUACUCAGAACAGCACCCAACUUCAUCAACAGUACAUAUAGGGUCCCAGCCAUAGUACUAGCCACCAAACAUCUUUUUAACUUUGCCUAAUUUCUUUAACAAAGAGACCAAACACAACUCAUCCACUCUCCUCCAGCAGCCGCUUGUUUGUAGGGAGAGCUUGGACGAGUCAAUCACCAAGUGCAGUGGAGUUUCGCAGCUCAAGGAAGAACAUUUAUGACAACGGCAGAUGCUGUAGUUCUUCUGCUUUAGUGUCUCGGUCUGAUUGUAUUUCCAUGAAGAAAUGAUCAUAAAUGUUCUUCCUUGAGCUGUGUCACCCCGCUGCAGUCUGUAAUGGAUUGGCCCGAGGUCUCGCUACAAACAAGUGGCUGCCCGAAAAGAGUAGGUGAGUUGUGUUUAGUGUCUUUGCUAAAGAAAUUAGGCAAAGUUAAAAAGAUGUUUGAUGGCUAGUACUGUGGCUUGGACCCUAUAUGUACUGUUGAUGAAGUUAGGUGCUGUUCUGAGCAUUAUUUGUGGCUAUAGAGUGGCGUUUCGGUUGAGGUUUGUGUAUGGCUCCUCAGACCGCCGUGUAUUGCUAUUGUGCGGUUGUUACUAAAGUUGGUAAAGUUGGUAACUAGAGAAGGAAGUGGUCGGCAACAUUCAUCUCUCGAGGGGGUGUCUAACUUUGUGUUACGGUGUGUUUUGGACCCUAAAUUAAUUUUACACCGGAAUUUCCCUUUAAAGUUUGUUUACUCUGUCAUACACGUACCUCAUACACACAUCCUUUGGCUUCAUCUUGCUGAAGAUCUUAAAAAUUUGGCUUUUUGUGAUUUAUUUGUAGAGGGAGAAUAAUGGAGACAUAAUAACACAAAUUUCUCCCAUUCAGUCAGCAAAACAAAGCUGUGUCUCAAAUCUUUAGAAAUCCAGUAAAACAUUCGUGUUUGACUUAUUCUGUUAGUGUCAUUUUUAAUGUAACAGACAAGAGGGAUAAAGAAAGACUCCCCUCUUUAGAUCCUGUUUUGAGGUGCACAUCACAUAAUAAACACAAACUCUCCACUGUAUGAUUUUCACACAUUUAUCCGCCUUAUGGUUUUAUUUAGAUAAAAUAAUUCAAAGCAGAGAGUUUGUGAAGGCUGACCACUUCUGAGGUAAACCUAAUUUGUUUGUUUUUCUGUCUCUGUCUCUCUCUCUCACACACACAGCUGGUUAUGUUUUGAUAAAUGACUCAUCUCCACUCUGCUUUCUAGCUAUUUCAAAAUUACACUCACUGGCAGAAGGAGAGCGGUGAAAUUACAGGUCAAGACAUGUUGACAUAUCUUUCGCUCUCUGGUCCAAAUCUGAAGAGCCUCCUGUGUCAGGGGGAACAAAAUGUUGACUGAAUGAUUGUUUCUGCGCUGAGACGAAUUUUGUUUGCCAAGAACUACUGUCCAAAAGUGUUAUCAGCAGGGACUUUGAUUUUCACCAAUGGUUCAAUAAACACUUAUCAUAGAGGAACAAUAAACACUCAAACAAAGUCAUCUUUAGCUAAAAAAAUAAUCUCUUCUCGCUUUAACACCUUUUAUUGCAGAUUUCUUCAGUUUGCAGCAGUUUAGCACCAUAAUUUCACCGAUUUAUGACAUGAUUCGGUUCCAGUAGGAGCUUAUGGAGAAAUCAGUCAACUCAUGUGUGUUUUUAUCACAUUAGUUUCAAGUAUUGUGUGCAAAUCAAGGCAAAUUUUCUUUUACUUCCCGUUAAAAAUAGAUUGAAACAAUAUAAAAAGGCAAAUCAUGAAUAAAAAUUAUAGAAAAUACACAAGUUUAGAAAAUCAAAAAUGCAGUAGAGGAAUGAAAGAGGCACAUCCCAAAGUUUAAUCAAGAUCUGGAAUUACUUUUAUUAUCGAAAAGAUCCCUAACAACCCGAGACAAAAUAAACUAGAGUAAUUCGCAGAAUGUUAUUUCCCCAGAGUAUCGGCUUCAAAUCUAUAAUUUAUUUAAAACAAAAUAAAAAGAAAACCCUUUAUAAAAAUUUGAUUUAACCGUCAUUAGAGUUAUGAAGGUUUUUCAUAACUCCCACACUCUUAUACAGUAAAAUUAGCUAGUUUUUUUAAGCAUACCCUAGUGAGGGAUAAUAUAGUGAGCGGGUGGUUAUGCAAACUGGAAUCCAGAGUGAGUGAGUGAGACCUCGACAUGAAGUUGAAGGGCUUUAUCUCAACCUGAAGGCUAGAUAUAUUUCUAUGAGCCUACUUAAAAUUUAACUUCACAUUGCAUCAUCAACCAAGUCCAAAUAUUUCCAUUUCCUGUUGGUGUGAUAAUUUUGAAUAAUUUUCAAAGUGUGCCAACAUUUUCUUUUCCUUAAACUGGAUCAACUUCCUUUCUCUGUCAGAGACUGGUGGACCAUUCACUGUAAAUCUUCAAAUGAAUCAAAAUUGCAAGAAACUUUAAUUUUCACUUCCAACAGGGAGCUCAGAAAUUCCGACUUCUGAGGACAACUGGAACACAACAUAUUGUAAAGCUCCUGUGAGGAAUUUUGGAUUUGUCUUGACUUUGACGCCGUGUUUUCUUACAAAAAUAAACCACCUUCAUCGCCAGCAUCAAUCCCAACAUCAGCGUUAAACUCCUCACUGAGUCAGCGUUCUUUGAGCGAACAAGUGAAGCAGACAUGUGCCCACUAACGCUCUCUCUUUGAUUCAGAAGAUGAAAGGCAGAUUAGGUUUUUCCUCCUUAAUGUGGCCGCUGAAGCUGAGAUUAAAUAAAAAAGGCAGAAAAUCCACCUUCAUCCUCUGUAAUCUGUUUAUUUACAGGGUGACACCCCUGGAAGUUACACCUGGACGCUCCUUUUCCAAACAGGCUCAAAUAACACAGUGAUCAUUGUACAAGCGCUAACAAGCAACACAAAUACUGUCACUGUUAGAGGAUGCUGGGAGGAAAAGUAUGUCGUGCUGUGAUCUCACUACCCACACAUGGCCAUCCUGUUUCGGAUAGCAACUUUCUUGUCUUCUCCGUGUGCGAAAGAGUGUUUAUGCAACUGUGUGAGAGAGUGCGUGCCAGACACAGAAACUCAGUCCGGGCUGCAGAUCCCUCCGCGAUAAUCAGCUGGAUUGUCUUGCACGCACAACAUCUGUCUCAAACACACAAACCGGCUCUUUCACACACACAAACACAACCAUUAUACAGUCAUUACUGUCAGGCUGAUGCUCCACAGUCCUCUCUAACAUGCUCCUUCUCUCUUAUCCAUCUCCUUACUUCCCCUUUUUUUUUUCUUUCUUUGUCUUACCCUUCUUCCUCUUCCCCCCUCUCUCUCUCUGUCUUUCUUCCUCGUUUUGCUUCCUUCCAGACGGUCUCCAUCUUGGAGCAUCGGCUGACGCUGACAGAAGACAAACUCAAAGAGUGUUUGGAGAACCAGAUGGAGAUCGGCCUGCAACUCCAGAGACGAGAGGAGGCCUAA